AAAACGCGUUUCACAUUUCCGGAACGUAGCUACGGAAAGCACCAAGGGACUUGCUGAUGAAUUGAAGAGGGUUGCUGUCUCACCUAAAAAAUGGCAGCACAUUUAAAAAAGCGCGUUUAUGAAGAGUUUUCCAAAGUUGUGCAGGUAAGUAAAGGAUUCAUUUAUCGCUUCAGCUGUAGUAACAAAGAAGAGGAAAGAGUGCCGACUCAGCAGAGAGCUAAUGCUAACCGGCUAACAGCUAACAGUCGCAACAACAUGCGGGGAAGACUAUGAAAUAAAAAUAAAAACAGCUAAAAAGCCAUAAACAGAGAGAAAUAACAGAAUUUGUCUUGUUUUUUUUUCUUCCAAGUUUAACUCUAACUCAUUAAAGCUUGUUGAUCAGUCUGACAGGCGCAUGUAAGCCUGGAAAUAAAUAGUGUGUGGUCAGUAAAUUAAGGAUUAUGUCGCACAAAUAUUAACCGUAGUCUUUUCAAAAAUUAUUCUCUGUUAUAUCCCGGAAGUUUUGUUUUGAUGUCUUGAACUUUACUUUGCUUAACUCUCCAUCAAAAACGACUGUAGCAUCCUUUAUAGCGAUUACACUACAGCUAUGUUAAACUAUAGCUGAAGGAUGUAAAUAUGAGUAUUAUAGGGCAAAGAAGGGUUAUAAGAAGAGGAUAUCUCAUCAGAGAAUCAUAAAAACUGAUUAUCGUGUGGGGAGGUGUGGUAGAAACAAAUGUAACCAGGGUAUUUAAGCUGCAGCUUUUGUAUGUUCACAGAUUCCCCACGAAGAAGCUCCGGCAAAGAAGCUGCGUCUGUCUAAACCCAGUAAGUCUGCAGCUCUGCACGUCGACCUCUGCAAGGCUACCAACUCCACAGAUGCCCUGCAGUACCUGCUGCAGUUUGCACGCAAGCCAGUGGAGGCGGAGAGUGUGGAGGGCGUGGUCAGGAUCCUGUUGGAGCACUAUUACAAGGUAGAGGAUUGUGGGUUUACAACCAUAGACUGUACUAUACCCAGUCCAUGGUCAGAAUGCUCAGAACAGCACCUAACUUCAUCAACAGUUCAUAUAGGGUCCUAGCCAUAGCACUAGUCAUCAAACAUCUUUUUAACUUUGCCUAAUUUCUAUAGCAUAGAGACUUAACACAACUCACCACCUCCUUCCAGCAGCCGCGUGGCUCUCUGUAUUGCUAUCUGUGGUCGUUACUUAAGUUGGUGUAUCUAGAAAAGCAAGCAGUUGGCAACAUUCAUCUGUCGACAGGUUUAAUUUUACGCCGGAAUAUCCCUUUGAGUCUGCUGAUCAGUUUUGUUCAUCAGGUUUAUUUAAGUGUAAGUGCAGAAAAAUCAAUGUAGUCUUUCUUCUUACAGGAGACAGAUAACUCUGUGAGGCUGAAGAUUGCUUCUCUGCUGGGUCUACUGUCCAAAACUCAAGGCUUCAGCCCAGACUGCAUUAUAGACGAUGCUAUCAACACACUCAGCAAUGAGAGUAAGACACAUGCAGACCUAGCUUAAAGAUAUAUUUAUUUUUGCCUUCUUUUGUAGGAAAUUAUUUUUUAGAGAUUUCUAUGAAUUAUACAGUGAAUUUUACUGUCUUUAUUAUGCUCUGAUUGGAAUUUUUUUGUUCACACAUCUUAAUGAGAAAGUACCACAAACUUGACAGUGUAAGGUAUUGAAAUGUGUCUGGCAGGAAAUAUCCAACUGAAAUGAAGACAAGCUGUCCCUCUUACCUAAGUGUGUGAUUAAAACGGCCAUUCAACUACUAGGUUUUAAAACGUGUGUGUGUUUCCACCAUUGUUUUUCUUUUUCUUUGGUUAGAGUCUCAUCAGGUCUUGGCCCAGCUGCUGGACACUCUUCUUGUCAUUGGUUCACAACUGCCAGAGAGUCCUGCAAUCAGACAGCGGCUGAUAGAAAUGGCCUGCAAGGUGAGACUCUCACUCACAGUGUGAACUCAACCCUGACCAUGACACUCCUUUUACAGAUUCAACAGGACAUUUUAUUAACAGAAACAAAACUCCCCUGCAUCUUGUGACUUUCUCCUCUUAGCAUCUAUCUGAUACGUAUUUUGGGGUGAGGAAUAAGUGUUUGCAGCUCCUGGGAUGUCUUGGGAUGGCAGACACUCCUCUGACCAAAGACAACGAGGGACCAGGCACAUCAUUAGGUUUGUGUUAUUACCCGGUGUUGAUGGGGCUGCAUUGUUAAUCAGACAUUUUAUACCUUUACAAAAGUGGUGGCCUGAUGACUGAAUCACUGUGUUGCAGAAUUUAUUAAGGGCACUUUUGUGGAACUGUGUAUGACUUUCAAAAUACUAUGGUAGCAGAACUCAGUUUAACCCUAAAAUAUUGACAUUAGCUUCUUCAGUAGGGUCAAAGGAUGUUCAGAGUAUCAUCAGUGACUAUUUUGGGGACCAGGAUCCCAGAGUCCGCACUGCAGCUCUCAAGGCAAUGGUAGGACACCAGAAACGGAUGCACUCAACAGAAGCUUCUCCACAGUCCUUCAUUCAUUGGUCUUAAUCCCUUCAAUAAAUAAACCACAAAAGUGAGAUGUUUCCUACUGUUUGUUUUCCAGCUGCAGCUUCAUGAGAGAGGAAUCAAGAUUCAUGAGAUCAUCUACGAACAGGUGACAGCGCUUUUUACUGUUAUUUUAGUGGAUCCAGGAGGACACAGACACUUCCCCACAUUGACAGAUAGAGUUUUAUGUCUCAGUGAGACUAUUUAGACAUGUUACUGAUAAAGACAAUGUGAGUAAGCUUUUUCAGUGUUUUACAGUGCUCCUAAUACUGUAGGUCAUUCUGUGGAGGUUGUGUCCAUGUAUUACAGUGGCUGUUACUUUGUAAACAACUGUGUGUGUGUGUGUGUGUGUGUGUGUGUGUGUGUGUGUGUGUGUGUGUGUGUGUGUGUGUGUGUGUGUGUGUAGGCCUGCAGGUUACUGUUGGACGAUUACGAGCAGGUGCGCUCUGCAGCUGUGCAGAUGGUUUGGGUCCUCAGCCAGCUGUAUCCAGAAAGGUAAGAAGAUAUUGAUGCACAAGACUUACUGUCUUCAUAGCUGCUCAGCGUUCUGCAUCACUAACAGUUCAAGUUUAAUUGCACUGAUUCGAGAAAUCAUUUCAGAGUUGCUUAGAUGAAUGUCACUUCAGGGAUGUCAGAGCAGCCAGGUUUGGACCUGUCAUGACUGAACCUUGAAUAGAAAAGUCAGAAACUCAAGUUUUGCUUGGGAGUCCAUAGAUCUGUUAAAGUUCUGUUCCUCAGCUGUUAGUUUGGCACUUGUCAUUUGGAUUAAUUUAACCGUGUCCUUGCUCGUCUUGUUUUCAAGUUUACUGUUCUGUUUGUCCAAUCAGCAUCGUGCCGAUCCCGUCAUCCAAUGAGGAGAUCCGACUGGUUGAUGAUGUGUUUGGAAAGAUCAGUCACAUGGUCAGUGAUGGUUCCUGGAUGGUUAGAGUGCAGGCUGCCAAAACUCUGGUGAGGGAGCAAGAAAACACACACAUUUAUCUUUCCACAAUCGUUUGGUUUAACUUUUGCGAGUCACAAGAGAAAUGAUAGAAAAUUGCAAAUUUCCACACAAUUAGAAAGUAACUUUUUGCACUGCUGCACAAUCACAGAUGCACAAGAAAAACUAAACUGAGUGUUAGAUGCUUGGUGUGAGUUUUGGUGGGAUCUGUUUAAUUUAAGCACAUUAUCCUGAGAGCCUCUGUCAGACUGUUGACAAUGAUGUAGUUCAAAUAAAUUAUAGCAUGCUAUUCUAUGUCAGCUCAAAUCACUUUCCCACAACAAUCUGACAAGGUCACAUUUUCCUGUGUGACCUUUUUGGAGUUGCAGAGGUCAGACCUGAAUCCUGUCAGGUUAACAGAGAUUCUACAUCAGCACAAGAUAAAACACAAAGACAGAUAUUAACCUUCAGGGCUUCUCGUUGGUUAUAUUUCUCCCGCUGUGCUAAACGGAUUUUUAAAAUACAAGCGAAGGAAGUUAAAAAAUGUCAGAGUUUUCAUUCAGACACCAGCACAAAGCUCAAAGUGAAUCUUUUCUUGUAUGACAGGGUUCGAUGCUGCAGGUCAGCCCUCAUUUUCUGGAGCAAACUUUGGAUAAGAAGCUCAUGUCUGAUCUCAGGGUAAGUCAGCUGAAAUUCGUUUUUGGUCUUUUUUUUUUUUUUUAGCAGAAUUCGAAAUCAUAAUCACGUUAUGAAGCGAACCUCAAUUUGUUCGGUUUUUUUUUUUCUGUGUCCAGAGGAAGCGUACAGCUCAUGAACGUGCAAAAGACCUGUUUGCUUCUGGAGAGUUCUCCUCUGGCAGGAAGUGGGCAGACGAUGCCCCCAAAGAGAAACUGGACACAAACACUGUCAAUCUCAUUGCCUCAGGAGCCUGUGGUGCCUUCGUUCACGGCCUAGAAGAUGAGAUGUUUGGUAAGUGAAGCAUUGGUACUUUGGUGAUCUUCAUUUCUGAGGAAAUGCAGAUGAAUGGAUAUGUUACUGAUGGGAUGUUCUAUCAUGAAGUAAAUUUUUUACAUCACUGAUGUUGUCUUCUCUUUCUAAAAUAAUUCAGAGGUCCGUAUUGCGGCGGUGGAGGCACUGUGCCAGCUCGCUCGGUCGUCUCCAAGCUUUGCAGAAAAGUGUUUAGACUUUCUGGUCGACAUGUUCAAUGAUGAGAUAGAGGAGGUGAGGCUGCAGUCCAUCCAUGUACUGAGAGAAAUAUCCACCCAUAUCACACUGAGAGAGGACCAGCUGGACACUGUGCUGGCUGUGCUGGAGGUAAACGCAUUCAUGCACAGCUUUUGUUCCUCUUAAAACAUUUCUUUUGUUCAAAAUAAAACAGCAGUCAUGAUUCAAAGCUGUUGAUCUGCAGGACUCUUCUCGUGACAUCAGAGAAGCGCUUCAUGAAUUGAUCUGUUACACCAACGUCUCCACUAAAGAGUGCAUCCAGCUGGCUCUGCUGGAGCUGCUGAAGAAUCUCAACAAGUAUCCUACCGACCGCAACUCUGUGUGGAAGUACGACUCUGUCUUUUCUUUGUCUCUGGUUUUUUAGGGUAAUAGCUCUGAGGAAAACAGAGCCUUUAACCUGCUGUUAUGUCUGAUAUCUCCAGAGACUGUCCUUCAUGUGACUGAAGACUGUUAGUUAGUAAAGGCUCAUUUAGUUUUGUUGUGUGCUAUAGUUAAAUAUUUCUUGUAACUAGACCAGGUAGGAUGACGAAAAAAUCAGCUGACAAUCAACAUCCCGUGACUCCUCUGAGGGAGACUAAACAUGUCAAGGUGAAAAAGAGGUCUUGGUACAAGAAAGAUGAACUAUAGGAAAACUCUGUGUCCUUCUCCCUCCCCACAGGUGUCUGAAGUUCCUCGGUUCACGUCACCCAACGCUGGUGCUGCCAUUGGUUCCUGAACUUCUCAGCACACACCCAUAUUUUGACACACCAGAGCCUGACAUGGACGACCCGGCCUGUAUCCUUCAUAUAUGACCGUCUCAAAAUUGAUCAGUGUCAGAGCAAACGGGCUGAACUGGAGCUGUACUUUUGAGUCCCAGUCCCUGCUUUGUUCGCAAACAGGCCCUUAUUUUACCUCUUACACUUUGAUUUAAGGUCAACCUCCUACUAUCAUUUUAAGUCGACUUAAGAGUAAGGUUGACCUCACAAUUUCAUUUAAAGUUGACCUCAUACUGUGAUUUAAAAAUGACCUCAAACUUCAAUUUAAAGUUGCUCUCAUACCAUGAUUAAAGGUUGACCAUAUACUAUGAUUUGAGGUUGACCCCAUACUUUGAUGUAAGAUUGCCCUUAUACUAUGAUUUAAGGUUGACCGUGUCCUAUGAAUUAAGGUUGACCUUGUUUUAUGCAUUAAGGCUGACCUCGUACUUUCAGCCAACUCUGUAUCAGAAUAACAGUGCAGCUUUACUUAGCUGUCGUGGUAGUAAACUUUUCAGAGGCAUGGUGACUCAUCUGUUUGAUGUCUGCUGUUCUGGGCGUUUUCUUGACUCAGCUGCUUCAUCUAAGACAUUGCAGUGCUGGUGUUAGUCUUCAACGCUGCUAAGUCGUGCCCCACCAUGCCUGCCCUGUUCUCCGAUCACACCUUCAGACACUACGCCUACCUGAGGGACAGUCUGUCGCACCUUGUCCCACCAUUAAGAGUAAGAACUGAAACUCUAUAGAUUUUACAAUACGCUCAGUAUCAACAGCACCAAGAAGUUUCACUGCAUGGGCACAGCUUUGAUCAAUAACCCAAUUGUGGCCACAGAUGAUGACGAUCAAACAAGUGAUAAUAGGUGUGGAGUUACUGUGCUUGGAUACAUACUUUCACACCCCCAAUUAGACGUUUCCAAACUCAAAAGAAAACUCACUAUUUCUCCUCUCCUCCAGCUGCCAGGCAGCGGUCUGGACUUGGUGGACUCCAGUUGUGGUUCAGGUUCUGUGGAGUCUGCUCAGGUCUUCCUUCAGCAGAGUCUAAAUAGGGUCAACACGAUCCAGAACCUAGAUGCUCCUGGAGCUCAGGACCUACUGGACUUCACUAUAAGGUACACACACACACACACACACACAACCCUAAAUAGUAGUGAUUUAAAUCAAUCAGUGACCACAUGGAUAAUUGUAUUUCUGACAUCUUCAAAGUCUGCUGAUGGGAUUUGUACUUUGGUGGAUCAAUUCUCAGUGGAGAGGUUUCUGGUGUAUGACAGUUAUCAUCACAUCAGCAGAGAGACUUCAGUGAAAACAAAAAAAUUCAAGGUUGUUUAAUGAUCUGGAAAAUGUUUCCUUCUUGUUUGCAAAUAUGAUUUUUCGAUGGUCUGGAGGUCUUCUUUUUUCUUCUUGUCUGUCAGAGACCUGCGGCGGCUUGGGGAGCUGCAGACAGAGCUGGCUGGAGCUGCUGAUUUCUGUGCAACAUACCUGCGCUGCCAGCUGCUGCUCAUGAAGGUGAGGUUAGGAUGACUAUGAUAGAGAGCUGCACCAUGAACAACACAUUCCUCCACCUCAUUGUGAGCAUUUUCAGGAAACACAGCUCCUAAAGAUUCAGCUUUUGGCAGUAAAUUAGGAAAUGAGUUCAUGUUUAUCGUCUGUAAAUUCUUACUCUCUAUAGUACCCAGUAGAUAGUGGCCGGAGUAUUACAGGUGGGCUUUCACACCAUUUUGCCACCGCCACAGGAAGCUUUAGUGAGCUGUCAGCUAACCUCGGAUAGGUUGGUGAUCAUUUAGUGAUUAAAAACAUGCAUUUUUCAUUCUGAGGCAUCAGACUGCUGUUUAUAAUGAAAAUUGUGAGUUGAUUCUCUUUAUUUUAUUAUACCACGACGUUUGUGGCAGCUUUUGUUUAAAUCAUGUAUGCUCGUUAUCUGAUGUUCUGUUUUGCAGGAAAAUAGACUCAAAGACACAGGUUUAGAAAAAUACAGUUGUUACUAAAGUCCUCUGGUUAGCACAGGAAUGAUAACAAAUGCAUGAGUAACUUUAAGAAGCAAGAGUGGUGGUGUAAAAAUUCAAGACCGGGGUGCUUUCCUUCUGCAGGCUCUGCAGGACAGACUGUGGAGCAUGGCUGUCCCUCUCUGCCUCAAACAAAACGUCACGGCUACAGCAGCUGCUCAGCAGGUCAAAACACACACACACACACACUGUGUCAGUUUAGCUUUUCUUUGGAGAUCAUUCAGGUUGACUUGAGUCCACGUCUUCUUUUGUUUGUAGAUCUUAGAAGAAACCUAUAAGCUGGAGUUUCUGUACAGCGGCUUAGAAAGCAGACAAGUGGCGACCAUCCACCAUGUUCGACUUCAGGCUAAAGCUCUGCAGCUGGUCCUGACAGCUCGCACCAGACAGGGGUUCGUGCCUGCACACACACACACAGAUGCUUGAUAUGUCUGUAGGACAUCAUUUGGGCCUCAGCUUUAUCAAGUUAUUCAUCUCUUUAGGCUGGAUCUCCUCAUGAGCAGCUGUGAGAAGUUUCUGCAGGAUAUUGAGUCCUUUCAGAGGUGAGAUCUUUCACUGAUGUGUGUUUCUAUGUAAGGAACUCUAGUCCAACCUCUGUGAAUGUCCUUGGGCUGAAGGACUUGAUAUUUCUUCAUGUUCUCUGUGACCCUCAGGCUGUUUCAGGCAGAGCUGCCUCACCUCCAGGACAGUUUUGUAGAUAAACUCUUGGAGCUCAUGCCACGCCUGUCAUCCUGUAAACCUGUGGAGAUGGUGAAGAUCCUCCAGACAACUCUGAGACAGAGCGGCCUGUUGCACCUCAGACUGCCUGAACAGGUAGGGAGCAGGUUUCAACAUGAGGGUGAGCUGACCACUGAGAUAAGGCAGCAUGCAUUAAGCUCAUGACAUGACAGUUCAAAUACAGAUGUCAAUGUGUAGUUUGUUAAUUCACAGAUCCAUCGAGCAACGGCCACCAUCAUCGAGCCAACAGGGGAGUCUGACAACCCACUCAGGUUCACGUCUGGCCUGGUGGUAGCACUGGACAUCGAUGCAACUCUGGAGUACGUCCAGGACCCUCAGAACACCGUGAAAGUUCAGGUCUGUGAGAUCUACAACUAGAGCAGUGCAAACUUGGACCAACUUAGCUGUCAGUAAAUGAGGUAGUGACAGUCAUGUCCCCAAACUGAAGGUUUUGAAAUCUUUAAAGUCUGAUUCCUUCACUUCGUUCAGGGCUUCUUUAAAUCCCAAGUAGAGGAUCUAAAGAGUUUUAUCAUUGCAGGUUUUGUAUCCAGACGGCCAGGGUCAUGUGAUCCAUCCUAAACCCGGAGACUUCAGAAAACCGGGACCUUACAGACACAGACUCAUCACGCAGGUCUACCUCUCACACACAGCAUGGACAGGUGGGUCAAACACAAUCCCACCUUUGUUUUCAAGGCUUUUUCAUCUUCCGGUUAUUCAUUAAAUCCAAGAGAAACCAAGAUUGAACCUUUGAGUAUAUCCUCAGCUUAGUAUUUUCCUUCAUUUGACCGUUUCUCCCUCUUUGUUCCUCCAUCAGAGCCAUCACAGGUUGAGGUGCGCCUCCUCCUUGCUUACAGCUCCUCCUCAGCCUCCCUCUCCUCUCAGUCUUUGGCCUCUAAACUGGGAUGGAGUGACAGCACUGACAGCCCCUCGCCACCAGAGGCCGCCGUAGAGGGAACAAUCCCGUUUAGCAAGUCCGUUAAAGUCUUCAUCAUGCCCAAACCGACACGGCGCUGAUAACAAAGUUUCAACAAAGCUUUUCUUUUGACCGGACUGAACCAAGACGCUCGUGACCAUGUGAGGUUCAUGAGCGCUAACUGUGCUGAUGUGUUUUUACUUCACACACUUUGAUCUAUGAAUUCAGGAGUGGUCAGAAAGGUGAAAGCAUUCUUCUUCCUAUUUUCUGGUCAGGUUGUAAGAAACACGAGUCCCCUUUCUCUUGUUCAUAAAGUAUUUCUACAUUUGCUUCUUAUACAGAUAAACCCGUGUGAUUCAGACAUGUUCUCUGAUUUUAUUUUAUAGCAAACAAGCACAAGUACAUUUUCCCUCAUGACAAACAAGGCACAGUCAUCAACUUGAAUGAAAACACGAUCAAAUCUGUACAUUUAAGAUGACGCCUUCAAAGGUCAGUUUAUUCUCCAUUUGAAGGGAUGGCCUCUACAAGCUGUGCACAUUACCUUUAAAGUGUUGGUUUUCUCUGACUGAUGUCACUGAUUCAUAGACUUACCGUACUUACCAUAUUUUUUACCUCGCUAAAGCAUUCAAUGUCUCAGAUUCAGGAAUUGACCUUCUGUAUUGGUUUUCUCUAACUGAGCCAGAUCUAGUGUAGUGGGUGGAGAUCAGUCUGUCAUGCAGCCUACUCCAUCUUCUGCCAAUCAUGCAGCCGGUGCAGCAACCUGAGGGCAACCUCAUCAGCAAGUGGAGUGGAAGACCCCGCCCACCUUUGCACCCUGGCCAGCCAGUUUGUUGUACUCAGCGACAGCCCUCUCCGUCUGCAGGACUCUGACAUCAACACCUUUCUGCUUCACAAAGUCCACAGUGGUCGAGGGGACCUGACAGAAAGAUGAGAGCACAAACAAAAGCACGUGGGGGUGGGGACUUUUCUACUGUACUUGACUCACAGGGAUUUCUCAAAGCUGUGAAGUCUGAAUAAAAGCACAGCUUUAGAGAUGUCUUACCUGCAGAGCUUCACUCAUGCCUCUGCCAAUAACCAGCAGGUCCACUCCCUUCUUCAGCACCUCCUCCAGGUCAGCAGGUUGGACCCCUGGGUAAUGCUGAGUGGAAAAAUUAUAAAACUGUGUGAGCACAUGCAUCAAUGUUUGAGUUGUAGUUUUUCCGUAAUGUUCUGGGUGCUUGGGUUCCAGUUUCGCUCACAUCAGUCCCAGUCUCUCUCCAGUCCCAGGCCCUGCUGCCUCCGGGCCAAACCUUACAGUCCUUGUAGUUGGUGGAGCAUCCCUUCACCUUCAUGUGUCCCCAGGAGAGAGAGGCGAUUUCUGGAGAGGUCAUGUUUAAGGAUUCACCUGCUGAAUGAGAAGAAGAGACACAGGCAGGAGACAGUGACAGUGUGAAUAGACAGAGAUGAGAGUCAUUAGUUUUCACAAUUCUGCAGUGUCUGAUUUUACAAAUUCAAAAGGUGUUUACAAAUUAAAAGCCCAGCUUCUUUAUCCGUAGUUCACUCUGGACUUUGUCAGUCAAAGAACAUGAUUCGUAUGCAGUGAGAGAUCCCUGCUCUUCCUCUUACACACGUAGGAUACCAGAGUUUGGGCCGAGGAGAGCAGCAGCAAAGACCCUCCAGGGUCCAGAACAGAGCAGCAAUGAUUGUCAGUUUAAAUGAGACUGGUAAAAUCAGACAGCAUUAUUAAAGAGAAGGGCUGGGGUGGAAGCAGGAGAAGAAGGCAGGCUGGGUACCUGCUUUUUAAUUUGCCUGUUUGAUGCAAAUAAGACAUAACCGUCAGCUGGAUUAGGAUCAGCUAAUGUACAGUUGACAGAGCUUGACGUUGUAGUGUUUUGUGUUGACAUCAACCUCAGAAGCAUCACGACUGUGUGUAAUUGCUAAAAACCAGAUCAUUGGCCCCAGAUUAAAAUAUAAACAUCUCAGCAAAGUUUUUUUAAAACAUCAGCAAAUAACGAAAAACCAUAACAUUCGUGUUGCUGUUUUUUUCAUCAGUGAAAAAUGACUGACUCAUUUUUCUUGACCCCUUUUCCAAAAUAUUAACUAUGAUGAAUCAACUUUCAGGCCAAUGACAGAAGCAGAAUUACUCACAGUUCACUUCUUACUUGAAGUUUAAAAAAAAUAUAAAUAUUAACAAUAUUAAAUAUUAUUAUUAAAUAUGAUGAAUCAACUUUCAGGCCAAUGACAGAGGCAGAAUUACUCACAGUUCACUUUUUACUUGAAAUUGAAAAAAGGGUCAAUAUUCACAAUAGUUAUACUUUUUCAUAAGCCAGUUCCAACCUAAACAAUUCCUCUAAAAAAAACAAAACCGGUUUUAUCAUUCGGCUCAGUCCUUCAUAAGAAAAGGGUGGGAAACAAAAACUCAUUUCUGAACUACAUGUUCAAGCAGCAGAGAAAUCUGACCAAACCUCCCACUGCCAGCUCUGCUGUUAUUCAUAGGAGCAGACUGGAGCUAUUUUUGGAAUGAUAACAGGCUCGCUUAUGCUCCCAAUCAGAACCAUAAAAACAGGAUCAGAAUCUGCUGUACAUUAUAUUAUCCCUCUCAGGUAAAGUGAAAACCAGAUGUUUGCAAUGUUGUCUCUCGAAGUCCCUCAAAGUGGUAGAAAUCCAGAAGCAAAGGACUGGGACACACACCCCUUACUGUCUUCCUCCUCCUCCUCCCAGAGCUGAAGACCACUCAGAACAACAUUCAGAUUUACACAGAACUAAAGACAACUCAGAGUAGACCAACAUUCAGGUCUUUGUUCUGCAGAUGUGAAUCCAAAUCAAAGCAGACACUUGUGAACAUACAGUAUGUUCAGGUUUGAAGACUCAUCAUCACAAAAAUAUCAGAUCAGUUAGCAUCAUUUCAGGCCGCAGCUCCUAGAACCACAGUAAAUAAAGUUUAAUCAUGAUCACUGGGACAUUAUGCCUAAAUCAAAGUCUAGAAAUGAUCAAAGCAAGAGAUUAUAUCUGCAAUGUUUCCUAAAGGUAGCUCGUCCCUUAUGUAAUGUCUCGGUGUCAGGCCAUGUCUCUUUAAAAUUUUAUUUUAAAUUCUCACACUGUGUGCGGUUGUGUGUGUGUGUUUGUGAGGGUGGGUGGAUGUCUCUGCGUGCAUGUGGGUCCAUGGGUGUGUGGAAAGGUUGGGUUUUUGUCUUUAUUGUUGUUUUUAGCCUCUGUGAGGCACUUUGAAUUGCAUCUCCUUUUGUAUGAAAAGUGCCAUAUUAAUAAAGUUUAAUUGAAUUGAAUUGUAUGAUCUUUUUUCCGACUUAAACAGACCAUAACAGUUAAAAAGCCAUUUUACUUAUUUUAAACUAAGCUUACCACCUCAUCCAUACAGAGUUUUGCAUGUAUUCAUCAUUUGUUUCUUACCAGACGGAAAAAAAACAGUAUUGUUCUAGUGGUGUGCCGAGGCUUCGAAGCGUGUGACGAGUAAUGAAGGGGGCGUUGGUGGAGCAAAAAAUUGAUCACGUAGCCUCGCUACCCGGCUGUACCACGUGACUGAUUUAAGAAAUGGUUCGCGAGUUUGGCGGAUGAUUUGACAGGCAGCGAAACAGAUGCUGUGUCCGAAUUGCCCGCUCGCACACUACAUGCUACUGCUACAUACUACUGCUAGAUCCUACUCCUACAUACUAAACACGUUGGCCCAAUUCGGACACACUAGACGAGCGUUGGGGAAAGACGACCCCCGCAGGCAGAGAGUAGGUACUGCGCCCGUGCAGACAGUUUUAGACUCUGAAUGGUAAUUGUGCAAGUGAUGGAUGCUGCUGUAUUAUAUUCCUGCACUGCUUUAGAAAUUCACAAAGUAGCUUUUCCAUUACUUUUAGCCUUCAUUCACUCACGUGGUGAUCGUUUGUUCAAUGAGAUCUGCCUGAUUACUGCAGCUGUGCAGUUUAAUGAUGGAAUAAGUGAGCGUUACCUCCAUGAUGUCGCCACAUAUUUGCUCAUAAAAUGAUUACUUGGGCAAAUAUGACACCAUGACAUGACAAAGAGAUACAACCGCACAUUUUUUAGGACAGUGUGUGAAGUCACAUUAAAAUUACAUCUGUACUGCUGCGGUCCCGCCUGCUGCUGCUGCUGCUGCUGCUCCGACAUGGUGCGCGCUGCUGUGGCCAGCCGGCGUUCACGACACAUUUAAAUAGGCAGCAGCUGGUGGCUCUAGCAUCACAUGCGCUUCUACAACUUUUAAGAGGACGAAGAACAAGCCCGCGGUUAUCUCACAUGUUGUCUCAUAAUUUUUUAUGAGCAUCCUCGGUAUAACAUAAUUUAUCAAGGAAACAUAGUAUCAGUCAAAAAUACGAGGCGCAAAGGAUGAAAAAUGAGGGCUUGCUCUUUUUCUUAUUUCUCUGCAGGAUCAAGGAUGCCGUUGACAGUGGAGGAAUUGGUGCUGUCUUUUCUAAGACACAGAUCAAGGUUGCUUUUGAAUGCACUAUCAGUUGUUAAAGCCACCGUUUCUUUUACAGAUGAUUACAUUUUUGUCUCUUGCUCUUUGGUUCCAGACAUUACACGAUGAUCUGCUCUCUGGAAACAUCCGCUCCAACAGGAUGUUUCUUUGGAGGAAACCCGCCACCUCACUCCGGCUCAAGCAGCAUCUAAAGAUAAGGAAAGUAUUUUUACUCUCAGAGGUGUUACAUUUGAAAGCUGUUUACUUUCUGUGUUUUUCUUCAAUAGAUCUUCGAGCUCCUGCGGUUUAUUGAGGAGGCAACAACCAUAUCCGACAACAUCAAGAGAGGUGACAUUCACUUGCUUGAUUUUGUCUUUGAUGUCAUGCUCCCAGAGGUGAGUAGAUCAAACUAUAUAGCUUGCUUUGAAAAUUGAUUAUAUUGUUAAGAGGUUGUUUUUAUUCAUUUGGAAAGCUCAAGAACAACAAUCAACCCAUACUGCAUAACUUCAAUUGUUCACAUUAUUUGACUGUUUUUCAGCUUUUGAUCAAAGCACUUCAAGAGCAUGGCAUCACCCGACUCAGAGCGGAGCAGAUGAUGGCCUGUGGCAGUAUAUUUUAAGCCCCCCACCACACCGACGGCAACGCUCUAAAUUAUGGGACGUGGAAGCCUGUAUAUACGAUUAUAUUUUUUUAAUGUGUUUACAAUUUAUUGUUUGGGAAAUAUUAAAGAAAUCUUUGAGGCAGUUGUAUGACAAUUUCCCAUUUCUUUACACAGUCAGUAAUGAUAUCGCAAUUCAAUAGUUUUUCCUUAAUGGCUCUUCUGAACCUUGAACAGAUCAUGUGUCUUGUGUCUCUACAAUUAUUGUAUACUUGGAUUUUGCACAGUCAAGCAAUCCUGAAGAGGCUCACCAGGAAGCACACCAUGUCAUAAAUUAUGUUUGCUGUAUAAUUAUGUUGGGUCUAAAACCUGCAACAAAUGACUGAAAACAUAUAAAGAAGAGAAAGACAAUGGUUUCUUACUCGAGGAGAAUGGACAGAGAUAGUUGCAAUCUCAAAACCAUUCUGAAGGUAUUUCCGCCCAGUCUCUUUAUUUAGGGUUGUCCCUGGUUACACAAUGUUACUAAAGGAUGGGGGAAAAAUAUGUGCAGCAACGUAAGCACUCUCAUAAAACAUAAUUAUGAGCAACAGAAAAUAUGUGAGGGUCAAGGCAACAUUGUGACAUUAAACGAGCUCCUUCUGAUAGGAGCGGAUCCUUCUCAUUACUUCCCACGAUUCACAGUGGAGGAUACAUCACACACACACACCUGCUAAUAGGAGAAACAAGGUCAUAGAGAAGUUAAGAAACAUUCAUGUGCUGUUUAAUAAAGCUAUUGGAGAGAGAAGUUAGAAAACACUCUUAUAUGAUGUGUAACAAGAGGUUAAAACAGUCCAUACUUGUAGCAAACUCUCACAUAAGAAUUUGAGUAAGAUGAUAACUUCUAUAUACAAUUAUACACAUUAUUCUGACAAAUUAUCAGAAUAUGAGGACAUCAGUCUAUAUAUUUAUAUUACUGUAAACUUCAGAAUUAAAUCAGAACAAAACAGUAGUCAUAAAUAAUACAUAAAGGUUUUAUUAUGGUUUUUAGCUCAAUAAUAAAUUCAAUUCGAUUCUUACGGAAUGAACGGAGCGAAAAAAAAAAAAGCUUCCGGCGACUAAAUCCGACUACCGAAAGUCCCUUCUAACGAAAAAAAAUCGAUCAUUGGAAUAACCUUCCCACAUGUUGUUUGUUUUUUAGCUGGACGAAUUAAUUCCGUUAGAAACGUACAGCAUGGAUGUGACCAAAAAACAAACUUUUGGCAAAAUAUUUCGGCGUCGGAAGUCCGCCAACGAGAAAGCCCUUCCGCCUGAAUUAUUUCGCCGAAAGUAAUUCUGAGUGAGUAUUGUGGAAGUUCAUCUUCUGGGUCCGCCAUCUUGGGCUGCAGUUGGGUCCCUCUCGAAUUAACAAGAAUUAUAUCUCAGAAUUAACUAAAACAUUUUCGGGGGAAAAAAAAGUUCUUUUUUUAUAUAGUUAACAAAAAUAAUCAUGUUAGAUUUAAAAGAAGAACUUCAAUUUGUAAAAGAAAACAUUCUUCCCAGUUUUUCUGUGUUCAAAGAUUGGUGUCUUAGCUUUAAAGGAAUAUUCAGAAUAAAAAUAAUAUCCCUUUUUCUCUAAAAUAAUUACAUAAAGCAGCCUUUUUUGUUUUUAUGAUCUGGAUAUAGCACACACCAUGUAAAAUUUCAGCACAUGGGUGUCUAAAUUCAGGUGAAAACUGCAAACAUAGCAAGGGACAAAAUAAAAUGUCAAGAAAAUCUUCAAAGAAACAAGAGAUAUUUAGGAUUGAUACCACUGAAACACAGAGGAAAACUAAAUGAUCAUAAAGAUUUAUUUUCAGUUCUUUAAAAAAAAUAAUCAAACAAUUCAUUUCCAAUUCACUGUAGUGUGUGAUCAGCACAGCUGAUUUGUUACACUAGAUAAAACUAUUUUACGACUGUGUACAUUAUUUUUUUAUUAAGAUACAAUAUUUCAGCACACCUUUUCAAUAGCAUUUUAUUCAUGGUCCAGGUGAUACAUCUGUCCGUACAGAAAGGCGGUCACCAGUCCAGCAGUCAUGUCUGAGUGUUUUAAAGUCACUCUUCCAUCUGCAGAUUUGUCAAAAUGCUUUACUUCCUCUAUAACCAUUUGACUCGCCAAAACUGAUGGGUACACAUAUCUGGUUCCAAACUUCCCCUCCAUCACAAAGUCCAUUUUGGUCUCAGCUUUUUCUACUCCCUGUCCACAGGAGCUUGGGUCCGACCCUGCACAACGGACGAGUGCACACACCUGCAGAAGGAAGGAUACAGGUGAGACAUGUUGUAAAGGACAGUGUCUAUAUCCAUAAACCCUUUAGUUCAUACCUGCAGGGAUAGGUCUCCAUCCAAAGUGUGCAGCCCAGCAAACGCACCAAAUGCAUACAGCUCCUCACUGUCACCCUGUGAAAUUCGCUUGUACUGCAGGUGACAGCAAAAGGAGCCAUUGCACACCUUCACCCUACCCUCUUUUUCAUUUAGGAGGACAAAUGUGAACGGGUCACCAAUCAUGAAUGAUGUGAAUGUGGCUGAUGAUGAAGGGACUGAAGAUGCAUCAGAGUAGCUCUCACUGUGACAGAAUCCAGAGUCUGUAACAGGGGAUGAAGUGGACUCAGACUCCAAUUUCUCCUCCUCUGUGGCCACCCUCUGCCCCGACCACUCUGGGUCUAAGACCAGCACCCUGGCCACCAGCAGCUUGCCCUCCUCUGGGUCUCCCCUCUUUGAGUGAUGGUAGAUGGAUGAAAAAGGUGUGUAGAUACCACUCCCAGCCAUGUUCUUAUUAUCAUGGGGGAGGUUGGCUGCUAGCAGGGUGAUAUUGGUGCUUCGGCUUAAUGAUUGAUGGUACUGGACAGAGUCAAGCAGGGGGAGAGUGUUAAACCAAGCUGUAGGGAAGAUCAGCUGACGAACAUCCUAAAAGGAGUGGGAAGAGAGUCUACUUUUAAAAAAGAGAUCCGACACAGGGACAUAAAGCUAAAUACACAAUUGUGAGUGGUUUUACCUUUUCCACUAGUGCUAUAGUGGGCUUGUAAAAUAGGACGUCAAAGCAUAUCAGCAGGCCAAAUUUUCCAGCAAAAGGAGUAUCAAAUGUGAUGAUCUCAGGCUGUGGUGGAGUGUCAAAGGACUCCUCAUGGAAAAGGUUGUAUUUAUGGUAGCGUGCCACCAGCAGGCCAUCAGACCUAGAAGAUAAUGAAAUUAAGAAUUCAUGUGUUGAUGCAUUUGCUGGAGUUUAGCCAGAUGUCUCUAUUUUAAGAUCUCAACUUCACCUAAAGGCAAUAUUGGUGUUGAACUGCCAGCGUCCAUCAGAUGGACAGGAGGAGGUGGGCUCUGUUGACAGGGGGCAGGGCUGCCGGUCAGGCAUAUUAGCUACAAUGUAGAUGUUAUUCCGACAAGCCAUACAGCUCAACCGCUGGAGAACCUGUGAAACAACCAUUCUGAAAUGUAAUUCAUAAUAACAGACCAGUGUUGGCUGCUCGUGGGUAUCUUUAAAUCAAGAUAGACAUCAAACAUGAGUGUAUAUCUGUGCACCUCAGUGUUUCUCCGGCUCUGUGCAGGGGUUCCAGCUCUCCUGCUGGGGGUCAGGAAUUGUUUCAAGAUAACCUACAAUGGAUGUGUGGGUGAAGUUAAACCCAUGUAGACCAUCUUCUGGAAACACCAGGAUCUGGGCACCCUGAUAAAGACAAGAGAAGACAGGACUGAAUAAACAUGCCAGGAUUCUGAAUGCACAGUCAUUUGCUGUCAUAUAAGGUAUGACCCUUUUAUUGAAUAAUACACUUACUGGUUACGCAAUAGAAAAAACCUCGCAUAUGGUGGCUCAUUGAUUUUUAAUAGAGCAAUAAGUAACCCUUUUUAUAAGUCGCUACUAAGCAUUUAUAACUUUCCAAUGAAUCAUACCUGCUGAGCGGCUUGUGCAGCCUGCACUUCGUAGAUAUCCAAGUUUUUCUGCAUGUGUUGAAGGACAGCCCGCCGCGACACCGGGACACGAGGGUCUGGGUUGGUGAUUAAAUUGUGCUCAUACACAGCAGCGAUGUAUGAGGACUCCAUUGUCAAAUAGAUACCGACUAUGAAACUGAAUAGUUUCAUGGCGUCACACGACAGAGACAGAAAUGAAGUCAAUAAGAUCAGCUCGGUCUAUUAUAGCUCUUGAGGGGUCAGGAGUCCAACUCGAGUCUACAGUAAUGAGGGGUGAGUCAGCUAUUUUUGUUUUUUUCCUUUUGUUUGUUUAUUUUUUACUUUUUUGGAUUGUUUGUAGAGUCACUUGGGAAACCCAUUUUGCGAAAUGUUGACUGAACAAAUAUACGGACAAUUAUAGUUGUAACUUCUACAUACACCGUGCACAUGGAGAAAAAGGUUGUAGUUUUAACAACCUCAGCAGCUUACUGGGCCAAUUUCAGAUUACCUUAAAGCACCUGUGUACAAUCACCUGUGUAUCCCAGUGGCCUUCGAGCUGGACCAGCUGCUCCAAUCAGAAAAAACAAUUGACUUAACUCUAUGUGUUUAAGAUAACUCUCUGGUAGACCGAGGGAUGCUGAGGAACUUUGAACCAUUUCUCCUCUGUUUUUGUCUCUAUCUUAUGGCUUUUUCGCAGGGGUCAUGGUCUGCUCCAGGUUUUCUGCCUUCUUAGUGAGAAGGUUUCUUCUGUGCCACUCUAACUUUCUAAAUGCUGAAAGGUGCUCUGCUUAUGGUACAUUAAGAUAAGACUGAGACUUAUGAUAUAAGAUUAGAAUGAAUCUUAUCCUACAGUGAUGUUGGCAUGACAUAGAACUGAUUUAUAACUCCACUUGCAUACAGAUUAGUGAAAUAGGAUGUCAGCUGCAUAAAAAUAACAUUUAAUUCAGUCAAGUAAUAUGAAGAUUUUACAUAAAUUUCCCACUUUACUCUUAUUUUUCUAAAUUAUAAUUGUGCAGUUACUUAGAAAGUGAUUUACUAAACAAUUUUGUAUCAGCACACCUAUUCCAGCUAGCAACAAACCUCCAAAAUAGGCAAUAAAAUGUACAGAGACCAGGCUGUGAACCAAUUCCAGUGAAAAACAGCCUGAGGGAAAACCAGGAAAACUCAGCAGGAUUGAUAAUUUUCAGCUCGGAUAUAAGAAUCCAUCACUGCUUUUAUCAACAUUCAGUCAGAUCAGCAUGAAUAAAACCAUGAAAUCCGGCGGCAUCCCUAAAAAGACUUUUUUUUUCCUUCACACAAUACUGUUAAUAAAUCAAACACAAUUAAAAGGUCUUUCUUUUUUUCUUUCUUUUUAUGUUUUGGCUGAGUGGCAGAAGACACAGGAUCAGGAUCAUUCAUGUAACUCAGAAAUAGCUCUGAUCAAAAUCAAAUCAAAUCAAAUUUUAUUUAUAUAGCGCCAAUUCACAACAGUCGUCAUCUCAAGACGCUUUUCAAGGAACAAGAGCAGGUCUAGACCACGCUCAUUGUUUGAUGAUCAAGAACCAACCUAAGAUGGGUUUUGGCCCAUCUCAACUAACAUGAGUAGCAGUGGCAAGGAAAAACUUCCUUUUAACAGGCAGAAACCUUGGGCAGGACCAGCCUCAUGCUAGACAGCCACCAUGCCGCUGCUGGGUUGGGGGGGCAUGUGGAGAGAAGAGGGUAGAGGGGAGAGGCCAGGGGGAGAGAGAGAGAGAACAAGAUAAGGGAAGGCGAGAGAGAAUGAGUAAGGAGAGGGAGGGGGAGGGAGAGAGAGACAGGGGGCAGCAGAAACAACAGCAACAACAACAACAGCUCAUGUAAUGGUGAAACAAAAAAGAGUUCAGUUUACAGGGUUAGGAUAUGAGUGAUUAUGGACAAUGUUAAAUUAAUUGAGUGUGAUUACAGUUAGCAGGCCUAAUCGUGGUCAGUUCUAGUUUAUAUUAUUAAUGUCAGUAAUGUCAGUGAGGCUGAUGUUCAUCUCUGCAGUAACAGUCCAGAGGAAUCCAAGAGAAGAAGGAGCUCAGGGCCUGAGGUGGACAAUCAUAGACAGUAGUCAACUCUAGUUUUAUGUUAUUAAUGUCAGUGAGGCUGAUGUUCAUGUCUGCAGUAACAGUAACAGUAACAGUCUAGAGGAAUCCAAGAGAAGAAGCUCAGGGCUUGAGGUGGACAAUCAUAGAUGAUGCGGCUAACAGUCCAGAGGAAUCCAAGAGAAGAAGGAGCUCAGGGCCUGAGGCGGACAAUCGUACAUGAUGCGGCUAGAGUCAGGCAAGUCUGCAGCAGGAGCAACCAAGGGGCAGGGGGUGUCUGCAGCAACGGUCCAGAGGAGCCAAAGAGAUGGGGGAGCUAAGGGCCCAGGGUGGACAAUCAGGGAUAAUGCAGCUGGGGUCAGGCAAUUCCGCAGCACACCAUCUGCAGCAUUAGUCCAGUGGCAGCUAAGAGACUCAGAGACACUCAGAGAGACAGAAAACUGGUUAGUGACUUACACUCACCGGCCACUUUAUUAGGUACACCUGUCCAACUGCUCGUUAACACUUAAUUUCUAAUCAGCCAAUCACAUGGCGGCAACUUAGUGCAUUUAGGCAUGUAGACAUGGUCAAGACAAUCUCCUGCAGUACAAACCGAGCAUCAGUAUGGGGAAGAAAGGUGAUUUGAGUGACUUUGAACGUGGCAUGGUUGUUGGUGCCAGAAGGGCUGGUCUGAGUAUUUCAGAAACUGCUGAUCUACUGGGAUUUUCACGCACAACCAUCUCUAGGGUUUACAGAGAAUGGUCCGAAAAAGAAAAAAUAUCCAGUGAGCGGCAGUUCUGUGGGCGGAAAUGCCUUGUUGAUGCCAGAGGUCAGAGGAGAAUGGCCAGGCUGGUUCAAGCUGAUAGAAAGGCAACAGUGACUCAAAUAACCACCCGUUACAACCAAGGUAGGCAGAAGAGCAUCUCUGAACGCACAGUACGUCGAACUUUGAGGCAGAUGGGCUACAGCAGCAGAGGACCACGCCGGGUGCCACUCCUUUCAGCUAAGAACAGGAAACUGAGGCUACAAUUUGCACAAGCUCAUCGAAAUUGGACAAUAGAAGAUUGGAAAAACGUUGCCUGGUCUGAUGAGUCUCGAUUUCUGCUGCGACAUUCGGAUGGUAGGGUCAGAAUUUGGCGUCAACAACAUGAAAGCAUGGAUCCAUCCUGCCUUGUAUCAACGGUUCAGGCUGGUGGUGGUGGUGUCAUGGUGUGGGGAAUAUUUUCUUGGCACUCUUUGGGCCCCUUGGUACCAAUUGAGCAUCGUUGCAACGCCACAGCCUACCUGAGUAUUGUUGCUGACCAUGUCCAUCCCUUUAUGACCACAAUGUACCCAACUUCUGAUGGCUACUUUCAGCAGGAUAAUGCACCAUGUCAUAAAGCUGGAAUCAUCUCAGACUGGUUUCUUGAACAUGAUAAUGAGUUUACUGUACUCAAAUGGCCUCCACAGUCACCAGAUCUCAAUCCAAUAGAGCAUCUUUGGGAUGUGGUGGAACGGGAGAUUCGCAUCAUGGAUGUGCAGCCGACAAAUCUGCGGCAACUGUGUGAUGCCAUCAUGUCAAUAUGGACCAAGCUCUCUGAGGAAUGCUUCCAGCACCUUGUUGAAUCUAUGCCACGAAGAAUUGAGGCAGUUCUGAAGGCAAAAGGGGGUCCAACCCGUUACUAGCAUGGUGUACCUAAUAAAGUGGCCGGUGAGUGUAUAUGGGACAUAAAGAUCUAAAGAAGAGAUAGAGACAGACUCUAGCUCAGUGUGCCAGAUAGCCCCGGCUAAAAACAAUGAUUAUGAGGGCAAAGUUGCUUCAUUUUUUAUCUUCCCUUCUUCUUUUCUUUUUUCCCUCUUCUUUUUAUCUUUCUUUUAAACAUUUAUUUCUUCUUUCUUCCUCCCUUAAUCCAUGUUUGAAUUGUUUUUAUUAUCACGAGUAGUGCCUGAUACUUCUGCCAAAGCAGUUUACCAAACAAUUAAUUACCUGUCUAUCACAAAAUGUUUAACUAGGAUGAAGACAUCUAGUUUACAGUAUUUGAUAGGUAAAAUUGAUCAUAUUUUUUUUUCUUUCUGUCCUUCUUUCUUCCAGUUCUUUUCUUUCUUUGGUUAUAAAUAAUUUUGUAGUUUGGCCAGUAAAGGUGUUGAAUAAUCAGCAGAAAAGAAAGGAUUCAUACCUUCUGAUUACUAACACAACUCAAAAGUAGCUUGCGUAAAAAUGAUUAUAAGUGUUUAGGGUUUUUUUACGCCCUACCUUCCAGCCAUCUGUCCUCCCUUCCUUCUUUUAUUCUCUCUUUCUCUCUUUCUUUUAUUCUCUCUUUCUUUCUUUCAUUCUCUCUUUCUUUUAUUCUCUCUUUCUUUCUUUCUUUCUCUAUUUCUUUCUUUCUCUAUUUCUUUUUUUCUUUUUUCUUUCUUGCUUUCUUUCUUUCAUUCUCUCUUUCUUUCUUUCUUUCUUCUAUUUUCUCUUUCUUUUUGUCUUUUUUUCUUUCAUUCUCUCUUUCUUUCUUUCUUCUAUUCUCUCUUUCUUUUUGUCUUUCUUUCUUUUAUUCUCUCUUUCUUUCGUUCUUGUAUUCUCUCUUUCUUUCUUUCUUUCUUUUAUUCUCUAUCCUUCUUUCUUUCUUUCUUUUAUUCUCUUUCUUUUAUUCUUUCUUUCUUUCUUUUAUUCUCUUUCUUUUAUGCUCUCUUUCUUUGAUUCUCACUUUCUUUGUUUCUUUUAUUCUCUCUUUCUUUUUUCUUUCUUUCUUUCAUUCUCUCUUUCUUUCUUUGUUUCUUUUAUUCUCUCUUUUUUUUCUUUCUUUCUUUUAUUCUCUCUUUCUUUCUUUGUUUUAUUCUUUUUUUUCUUUUGUUCUUUUAUUCUCUUUCUUUCUUUCUUUUAUUCUCUCUUCCUUUCUUUCUUUCAUUCUCUCUUUCUUCCUUUCUUUUAUUCUCUCUCUUUUUCUUUCUUUCUUUCAUUCUCUCUUUCUUUCUUUGUUUUAUUCUUUUUUUUCUUUCUUUCUUUUAUUCUCUCUUUCUUUUUGUAUUUCUUUCUUUCAUUCUCUCUUUCUUUCCGUCUUUUAUUCUCUCUUUCUUUCUUUCUUUCUUUCUUUUAUUCUCUCUUUUUCUUUCUUUCUUUCUUUCAUUCUCUCUUUCUUUCCUUCUUUUAUUCUCUCUUUCUUUUUUCUUUCUUUCUUUCUUUUUGUCUUUCUUUCAUUCUCUCUUUCUUUCUUUCUUCUAUUCUCUCUUUCCUUUUGUCUUUCUUUCUUUCAUUCUCUCUUUCUUUCCUUCUUUUAUUCUCUCUUUCUUUCUUUUUUCUUUCUCUCUUUCUUUUUUCUCUUUCUUUUAUUUAUUCUUUCUUUCUUUCUUUUAUUCUCUUUCUUUUAUGCUCUCUUUCUUUCUUUCAUUCUCUCUUUCUUUUAUUCUCUCUUUCUUUCUAUGUUUUAUUCUUUUUUUUCUUUCGUUCUUUUAUUUUCUCUUUCUUUCUUUCUUUUAUUCUCUCUUCCUUUCUUUCUUUCAUUCUCUCUUUCUUCCUUUCUUUUAUUCUCUCUCUUUUUCUUUCUUUCUUUCUUUCUUUCAUUCUCUCUUUCUUUCUUUGUUUUAUUCUUUGUUUCUUUCUUUCUUUUAUUCUCUCUUUCUUUUUGUCUUUCUUUCUUUCAUUCUCUCUUUCUUUCUUCUAUUCUCUCUCUUACUUUUUGUCUUUCUUUCUUUUUUUCUUUCUUCCAUUCUCUCUUUCUUUCCUUCUUUUAUUUUCUCUUUCUUUCUUUCUUCUCUCUAUCCUUCUUUCUUUCUUUAUUUCUUUUAUUCUCUUUCUUUUAUUAUCUCUUUCUUUCUUUCUCUUUCUUUUAUUCUCUCUUUCUUUUUGUCUUUCUUUCUUUCUUUCUUUCUUUCUUUUAUUCUCUCUUUUUUUUUUUUAGAGAGAGAUUUCUCACAAUAACAUGAGCUUUUCUGCUCUUAAGCACGAAUAGUCUUUGACAUAGUGGGCAGGACUUUCAUGUGAUGUCAAUGCAUCACUUUUAAGAUAACCAUCCGAACGUCUCGACAGUAACACUCACAAAAAAACGCCUAUGUUCAUUUAUUUUCGGUUAAUUUUGAUAAUGCCUGUCACAUUAAAGUCAUAAACACUGUAAAUAUCCAUGCACACAUUUAAUCCUUGUCGAUGCAUCGCUUAACCAUCACGAAAGUCUCGACAGUAACACAAGUUUGUAGGAUAAUAUUGUCAUGAAAUCUUACGGUCUCCAUGUCGUAGAUGUUGUCCUCUUUGUUCAGGUGUUUGUCGAAGGUGUUUGUCGGAGUCCUUAGUCGUCUGGUGAGGUUUUAUUAACGAUGAAGCCGUCAAAAGUUGUAAAUUCGUGAGCCGCUUAAGUUUUCGUGCUGUUCUCUUCAGAUUUGAUCUUCAGAAAUGACCGCUCUCUUUGGCUUGUAAUGAUUUAAAGUUUUUACAUCGUCACAGGUUACCAUGGAGAUUUAAAAUGCUGUUUACUUUAGAAAAACCCUUACACUGGUAGGUUAUAUCUAAAAGUUUAAUAUUAUCUUUGAUUUACUUUAAUCUCAAUGGAAUAUAAAUAUCUCUUGAAGUCAAGUGGAGGUUAUUUUUCGCCAACUAGUUUAAGCAUUUUAAUUUAAAAACCUUCCUUAUUUCGGUACAAAAUGACGCCUUUUUGAAAACUAUAGCUUAGUAGGCCUAUGUCUCAUAGGUAACCCAACAAAAACUGGAAACUUUGUCUCUCAUUAUAAUUUCCACUGAAGCCUUUACUUCAAUUAAAUUCAGUCGAUUUUCUUUAGAAGGCUACUAAAAAUAGUCUAUAUAUACUCCUAUCAUAUAAAUAUUUUAGAGCAGUAACUACAUCUGUAAAGCACUUUUUCCCCCUGUUUUAAAAAGAAAAACUAAAGUUGAUCAUUGUUAUUUGACAAAGCCCAUUAUAAGGCAUCAAAAAGGCCAUAAAGAUAUCGAAUUUUGAACUUUAAAAAAUAAAAAUAUCACAUCAGCUCUGAGCCAAAAUACCUUUUCACUUGAGUAAAAAAAGCCUAUUUUCAUGUGAUGGUACUUUAUACUAAUUCACACAUAGAGUGAAGUCAUUACAUGCUUUUAUUAACUUGAAAAAUCUUUCUAAAUCAGCAUAAAUAAUGAAAAAAAGAUGUUUGGCUGAAAAAGAGAUUUAACAGAACGUGAAAUAUAGGCUAAUCUAAAAAUACUUCAACAGGAACCAGAGGGUGACAAGAUACAUCCUUGUUUCACACAGCCCAUGACUUCGACAUAUUUAGAUUCUGAGGUAAGAAAAAAAAGAGAUAAAAAAUAACGAAUGCAUCUCUGUUUUUGGGUUUGAAUGCAGGCAAAAGGACUGUGUUACUUAUUUGGUAUCACUACUUUUACAGCUGUGGUUCUUAAUCUGAUGACAGCUCUUGAUGGUAAUUUACGGAGCCAACUUUUACGAAUCAUUCAUCAAAUCUGAUAUCUGCAAAACGAAGUAUUCAUCAUUGUAAAGUAAAGCCCGAUUUCCAUAAAAUCUGACUCCUAUCAAUUUUGCAUUAUUUUGGUCGCAACCCCAUGUCCAGCUUUGAAAAUAAAAAUUGAAAAGUGCAGUUUUUGUGUCGCUGGGUGUUCAGUUUAAUUUGGAUGCAGCAGAAGAAUAAUGCUCAAUAUUGUAUUUGCCAGAUGAAAACAACAACUGUAAAUAGAAGUAGUGACAUUGUUAAGACAUUUCCAAAGACACGUUUGUGACCUGAUACUCAUCCAUAGUAUAUUGUCCAAAGUAUAUACAGUCUACGGUUGAGACAAUGUAAUUAACAAGUCAGCAGAGCUUUCAUAGUUUUAUUUCAGUUGCUGAAGAUUUAAUGCAUCCUGAGGGGAAAUUUUAUUUAUUCGUUAUACUUUAUUAAACAGCGUUAUCUCGAGAUAAAGAGAUGAAUAAAUUGAAUUGAAAUGGUUAAAUCAGAAAUACACAUUUGUUUGUGGGUUGGGGGAGUCGAGUUUACCUGAGACGGAUGAAACUUUUACUUUGAAAUGCUCAACAGGAAGCGUUAGUAUUUUGCCAGGAAAUAAUUAUACAGAUUUCCGCAGUCAACAUUAGAAGGGCACGGGCAGAGCAGUGGAUUAAACAGAGUGGCGACAACUUCAGAUCUCGCCGCCAGAGCGGUCACGUAGUUCAUGUACCCCUCACUGUCCAUGCUCUUCAACGGGGCAGACUGCAGUUAGCGCGCAUUAAAGAGGUAAAUAUUAAAAUUAACCGUACAAAGUCAACAUUUGCAAUUCUUAUUGGAUUACUGUGUACACAUCAAAGUCACAUACGUAUAUUUAGUGGCUGGAUGACAAAUAAAAGUGAAAUAAGACAAGUUUGGUAACAGGUGUUACUUUUUAAUAAGAGAAAAUAAUACAAUAAAGUGGUAAGUAACAGGUGUUACAAGCUGUUUCAACAAUUGUGCAAUGUUUUGGUCUUGCAGCAUGGCCUGCAUAACAUUUUUCCAUGUUAAACAUACGCCUUAAAUACUGACAGGAUUUAAAAAGUAGUGGUCCCUUAACUCUAUCAUCCCAUAAGCAGAAAUCAAAUUGCAUAGCACUUAUGUUAGUCUAAAAAGAAUAAAUUGCACAUAACAUCGGGUACUGAUAAAGGCUGAAAUCUAAAAUAAAGCCCAUAAGUAACCAUCUCAACAUAUGAUUGAUGAUGAUGAUUUAUCUGUGAUUCAAAACUCAGUCACACAAUAAAUUCUGGCAGGCCUCUACAGCUGACGACGUCCAACUAGCAGGCCGUGGCUAAAAAAUCGUUCCCAAUUCCUUACUAAAAAAACGUAAUUACAUCUGUAAUUACAAUUUGAGCAUACUAAAAUUAAAAUCAUUUUACAUAUAAAGGGGUCCCUCGAUACCAUUUACAAACGUAUUGGCAUUACAUUCGUUGAUACAAUAUUUUACCUCAGGGAGUGUGGGAGCAAACCGUGGCUAAAAAAAUUGAUUCCAAUUCCUGACUAAAACAACGUAAUUACAUUUGGGAUAUACAUUUUUACAUAUAAAGGGGUCCCCUCGAUAUCAACAACACACGUAUUGGCAUUAAACUUGUUGAUAUUUUAUCAUGUAACCUCGGUGAGUGCUUGCCUUGUGGCCAUAGAAGCGAACGGUGUCCGACCUGACAGGCGGUCAUGUUGGAACUAUUGAGAGUUCCAUAACCCGGAAGUGGGGUCUGCCGGGCUGUACACAGUAUGCCUAUGGGAGUGUCGCCACUCUGUUUACUCCACUGCUCUGAGUAGGAUGCACCGCGACCAUACUACAAUGUGGGCGUGUCUAGUAUCUGAGGUAGUGUUCUUCUCUGAAGACGCGCUGCAUCUCCAAGCGAGUCAAGCCUCUCACCCGAAAGGCGCAGCUGUGCAGCGGCACGCAAAGAAUUCUGGGAUACCAACAGCACGAAAGCGUGCGUAAAUGCCAUAAGCUGCGUCCGAAUUGCCAAGUAGUAGUCGAAGUAGUAGUCGAAGUAGUAUCUAGCAUGUCCGAAUUGGCCACCGGAGCGAGUAGCAUGCUACUUCAGAUACUACUUCAGAUACUAGAAACGCCCACAUUGUAGGUUGGUCGCGGUGCAUCCUACGGGCAUGCUACUGACCCAAAAUUCACUGCGGUCUUCUUCUUCGUCCUCUUAAAAGUUGUAAAAGCGCAUGUGAUGCUAGCGCCACCAGCAUAGAUGCGUCGCGAACGCCGGCUGGCCACAGCAGCGCGCACCAUGUCGGAGCAGCAGCAGCAGCAGUACAGAUGUAAGUUUCAUGUAACUUCACACACUGUCCUAAAAAAUGUGCGGUUGUAUCUCUUUGUCAUGUCAUGGUGUCAUAUUUGCCCAAGUAAUCAUUUUAUGAGCAAAUAUGUGGCGACAUCAUGGAGGUAAAGCUCACUUAUUCCAUCAUUAAACUGCACAGCUGCAGUACUACAGCCAGGCCCGCAGAUGAGGGGCUUCAGUGACCACUGUCUGCACUGGCGCAGUACCUACUCUCUGCCUGCGGGGGUCGUCUUUCCCCACCGCUCGUCUAGUGUGUCUGAAUUGGGCCAACGUGUUUAGUAUGUAGGAGUAGGAUCUAGCAGUAGUAUGUAGCAGUAGCAUGUAGUAUCCGAGCGGGCAAUUCGGACGCAGCAACAGACUGUAUACAGUCUAUGGUAAAUGCACGCUUGAAAAAGGGGCGGGGGCAGUGUGGUUUUGAGCAUAGAUAUAUAGAAAGACUAGAUAGCUUACCUACGCUGUGAGCCAAUGGGGACUGACGUCGUCACACGGCGGCCAUCUUUCCUAGGGGCUGCUGGCCCACUGAUAACAUUAAUGUCUAUGGUGCAUGUACUGUUUCAAUGACCAUAUCUAUGUCUUAUUAGUCUUAUUAGUUAUAACUAAGAUAACUUAGUUAUUAGUUAUCUUAUUAGUUCAAUUUCGAAAUUCAAGACUUUCAGGUACCAUUUUAUUUUUUUCAGGUUCAAAUCUUAUUUUUUCACUUCACUUUUUAUUUUUUCACUUACACUACUUUUUCAAUACUUUUGAGCCUGAUCUGGCUCCAUACAUAUCCUGCCCAAAUUUCAACUGAUUUUCAAACGGAUUGGUUUGUUAUAAACGCCAGAGAUGUAGUUAUGUUUCUGCAUAUUUACGGAUAAUUAUAACCAUGGACUUUCAAAUUAAAUUAAAAAAGGAGAUAGUGGAGCAAUACCUGCCAUAGCUGCACACAUACACACACAGUGAAAUUAAAUUGUCAGUGUUUCUUAUAUUAAACAUUUAAUAGUUAGAUAUUUUAUAGUUCUAUUUAAUACAAAUAUUAAAUAUAAAGGGGUAAGUUGACCCACAUGAUAUUUUAAACUUAAUCUUAAAACUUUAACAAAUAAUGUAUUUACUGAUGAAAAAUAAUUUUAAUAGACAUUUUCCUUUUUCAAAUAGUCUUCAUUAUUUUCUUUGGGUUAUUAAACAAUAUAAAACCAAUCAAAGUUUGUUUUUCAGAACCUUUUAAUAUUCGCAAUUAUAAAUAUAAUAUUGAAAACUUUUCUUGAAUGAGUGUAUUUAUCAAAAAUAAAAGAUCAUUCUGCUAAUUUGAGUAGCAAAGACCUAAUAAAAAUUCUAUAAAUUGUGAUUUUUAUUGGUUCAAUUUACUCCAAGGCUUUUGGUUCAUCUAGCCCCAUGGCCAUCGUUUUGAUAAAACCUAAUUGAUUUAAUGCUUCAGAAUGAUAUUUUGCUUAAUGAUUCACAUAGUUCUACACAUUGAAUAUCACUAACAUGCAUGAUGUAUAAGUUUAGACCUGGGUCCAUUUACUUUAACAUAAAAAUCAUUAUACCACAAAUGUAAAAAGUUCCAUGGCCUGUUGGAAAUGUUUGUGUUCCUAUUUUAGGGUCACAUAACAACUCAUGUGUAUAGUCUUAAAGAUCAAGGGGAUGGUUUGUUUAUCUUACCUGUUCUGCUACAUAUAUUUUCAUAUAAAAAUUAAAAUAAACACAUUCAGUAACAUGACAUAAAGGUUCAUUUAUUAAACAGAUGUGAACAAUUACAAAACAAUUCAACAUUCACUCCAAACCAACAGUCACACUAAACCAUGCAACAUUCACUCCAAAUCAACAGUCACUCACAUGGUCGCAACAAAACCAACAUAUAUACAAGUGCACAGACAGUUUGAGCUACUGCCCCUUGAAAAGGACUGUUUUGGUGAGCUUCUGUCUCACAUUGUCUUUCUGUACGCUGCGUGUAGUCAUUUUAGCAAUGUGGUGCAGCCUUAAUUUGAAAAACAGGGACACAACUAGAGCUAAAUUAUGAUAUUGUUGGGGUAAUUCAUAACGCUUAUGCUUGAAUGCCAUUAUGUAAACUUAAAUAACAAGUCAAUAACAGUAACAUGUAAAAAUAAAUGUGAAAAAGAAAUAUUCAAUGAUUAUUAUGUAAACAAAUGUUAGAAACAUUCCUUAAAUGUCAGGGUGAAAAUAACUUGUAUUGUACAAGUACAAAUUUAACUAAGUUAGUAACAAUUAUCCUAAAUAUGUCCCUCAAGUCAUUUCUUAUGAAUGAAAGGUGAUUCCACGGGCUCUUGUUUGAACAGAACGUUCAUUUGAGCAUCCAUGUGCUGCACAAAAGUCUGGCAUCUUGGACUGAAGGGGAUAUUUCUGUAAACACAAAGCCAGGCAUUUACUGUAUCACAACGAAUCUAAAUUAAGGAUAUAUUUUACUAAUGAAACAGCUUGGAAAUCAUAUUAUGUGUGUAAAAAACAGAGGGGUAAUUCUGCCUUUCUUACCUGUAAAGAAUUAUGUCUAGGCUACUUUGUAAUAGUCCCAGUGGACCACUAUGUCACAUUCGCGCUUAAGCACGCUUAUCCCGAUGCAGUCUCUGAAAUGAGACACAGCCUGUAUAUACUAUGGACAACUUGGUUCUGCCUCCCACCUGUAUACGGAUUUAAAGCCAAAAAGUUUUAGGUAUUUCCGGGACUUUUCUUCAUUUCCUGAAACCAGCACUGCGCAGUAGCAAUGCGCGCAUUCGGCUGCGCGGUCGUCGAGGCGUUAUUUGGAAUCCCACAUCAGCUCUAGGCAAACCCCUCUUUGCUCCACAGGCCUGGUGAUGCAAACAAACCCCACCCACGCUGUUCAGAAGCAGGAAGCCCCACCGCUAUGUUUUGUUUUGGCAUCUAUACAUUUAUUAGGUCGUUUGUGUUUGCAGGAAGGCAUUUCUCCACACUGCGUGACCACAGCUGCACAGUUUUAUUGUACAUACCUCCAUUCUGAAUGUCAAGUUGAUUUAUAAGAUCCCCGUUUAUACAAGCUAAUGAUAUGCAGCCCAAAUUAUUACACAGUGAUAUGUAAGCCUGUAUGACUUCUUUAUUAAUAUUCUGGAGAGAGAGAGUGAGUAUGUGUGCGUGUGUGUGUGUAUAUAUAUAUCCUAUUUUAUAUAGGCUGAUGAUAUGCAGCCCAACUUAACAUUACUUUUAAUACAUUGAUGGUAUGUAUAAUUGUAUAUAAUCCAACCCUACGUCUUUAGUCUCUUCAAGCCUCAUUUCCCUCUGGACACUCGUGUUGUGAGCUUGUAGGUCUGCUAAUUUUGUUAUCCGGAAACCAGGGUGGUUAAAUUUAUUAUCCACAAUCAAUGAACACAAUAUGGUUAAAUACAAGAGUACACUAAAAUCAGCACUCCUUUAGCCUUAGUUUGCUCCGUCAGACAAAAGGAUUUGUGUAUUCUGUCACUGUAUUCUAUCACCCAACAAAAAGAACAAGAAAUAAUUGUUAGUCUCCUUAUUCAUCUCUAAAGUUCAAAAACAAUGCAUUGUCUGCCAAAAUCAGCAUGCUUUAGUUGAUUGAACUGAUGCCAACCUGGUGUUAAUGUAGCGCCCAAACAUGUGCCAGGCUGUGGAGAGUUUGGUGAGGUUGUUUUGGAUCUUUAUCAUUGGAUCUAUAAUUUACAGUUUUUCCUCUGUCAAAGGAAUUGUUGAAGGCGAGCAUUGCAUGACGAAAAUGGCAAAUUCUUUCUCAGCAUGCGUGUGUGUAGAUAGUUUAAACAGACGGCACCGAAAUUAAAAGAUUAGCGUGGUUUGCCUGCGUCACCAGGCCUGUGUAGCAAAGAAGGCGGGGUUUGUCUAGAACUGAUGUGGGAUUCCAAAUAACGUCGCCGAGAGUCGCUUUGAUGAAUCUCUGCUCAAACAGCGUAUCCCCUGGGAGAGCUACGCAAUCCCUGAACGCCCAUAGGCUGUAUCAAGUGUCAAUCAUAGAAAACAUGAACCCCCUAAUAACUUUUAAAAAUGGAGCUUCACAGAAAAAAGAGGACUUGAGCACAAACCAGUCUUACAAUAACUACGUGUCAACAUCACAAGCAGGAGGGAGAAAAAUUUAUGUUCUGUGUAACAAAUUUCUUAAGUUUGUCCACAGCCCCAUAAGCUUUGCUGGCAGAGGCGAGAUUUAUGACCUAUACUGCAGCCCAUCAACAGAGGGUGCUGUUCUCAGAGUGGCUUCACCCAGCAAGGAGGCAGAUGCUGUCCAUUCUAUGUACAGUCUAUGGUUGUGCCAGCUCACACAAAAAAUAAGCUAGCUAAUGUUUUGAUGCAACUGAGGUUCGGUAGAGGGAUAAAAGUGCAUAUUGCAUUUAACAAGUCGAACAAUAAAUGCCUCUGCUAGGGAGAAUUCAAAUAAUUAAACGAAUGAACAAACAAACAAACAAAUAAAUAAAUGCGUGUAGGCUUUAAUAGUCAACCAGAGGAGGGACAGAGGAUAAAAAAAAGAUAUAAGAUCUGGAUUAUCCAUGGAAUUUACAAGACAACAACUCAAAAUAGUGCUGCUAGUAGUAAAAUGCAGCCCAGGAAAGGAUCAGUGUUGUUGCCAUGUUUUGACAGCUCCCAAAAAUAUUUAAUGAAAUGAUCGAUGAUAUUCUAAUGGCGGCAGUAGCUCAGAAGGUAGAGCGGUCGGCCAAUAACUGAAAGGUUGGCGGUUCAAGCCCCGAGAGGCUGUAGGUGCAAAACUGGCAGCCACGUUUUCGUCAGUCUGCCCCAGGUCAGCUGUGACUAUUAAGGUAGUUUACCACCACCAAGGUGUGACUGUGUGAGUGAAUGAAUGAUGUAUCCAAUGUAAAGCUCUUUGAGGGUCUCUGAUAAAGCGCUAUAAAAAAAAAUCUGAUGCAUUAUUAGAAUGAAACAAGGAGGGAUGGAGAUAUAGUUGUUGGAAAAACGUGGUAAUACCACCAGUCAGCCAAUAACAAGUCGUCUGAUCAGUGGCAUUCUCAGGCCGAAAAGUUCAAAUGAGAAACUUUACAUAUCUACUUAACUGUUAAAUGUUAAUAUAAGACUAUCUGCCUUUACAGGUCAAAAGGGACAAUAAUUUAUUCCUAUGGAUGGCUUAAUGGUUUAUAUAAAUUAAAGAGACAGUUGGUGAAAGAGAAAAAUGUAAAAUAAAAUGUACUAUGGCACUACAGAAAGGGAACAGGACAUUGGGCUGUCAGUGUUUUGAAGUCUGCGGUCUUAUGAGCAGUUAACAACCAGAGAAUGUUUCAAAGAUCAUCUAAUUAAGGGCAGGUUUAUGGUUUUAUCAGCUGUCAAUCAGCUGAGUGUUAGCUGUCUUCAUGAGUUCCUGCGAAGACCUUUUGGGCACAUUUCUUAAAGUCUUGAUCUUGCUGUCCCUCUGCUUGAACCCAGUAAAAAUAUUUUAUAGAUAUCUUAAAUCAUUUUUCAGGUUAAUUUUUCAUCUUGUGCUGGAAAAGCUAUCAUGAUUGACUGUUUCUGUUUUCUCUUGUUGGAGUUGACUCUGCUCACUUUUACGGACAGAUCAUCUUUUCAUCGAAACCUUACAGCAAAAAGGUUUCUUUACAAUCUGUGGAAACAUUUCCAGUGAAAUAAAAUAAACACCAGAGACUCAGAGUGAAACUUUGAUGCAUUUUAUUGAAGUUGUCUGUCCACAGAGAAUAAAAUGUUUCACAAGUGUUAGUGAAAAGUUUCCUCCUACAGAGAUUAAAAUAUCACAGACAUUUUGAAUACACUGAAAAAUAAACACAAGAACAACACAGUGAACUCCCUCCCUUUCCUCAGUUGGAUCAUUAUUUUUAACACUCUCAGCCUUGGAACUAACAAUUCCAAGAAUGUACUGGUGCCCUGAACUCAACACAUUAGCCUAAAGCAAUGCAUUAUGGGAGUUUACAUUUUAGACAACAGAGCACACAUCCAUUGCAUAAACUCAGUCUCUUAAGAGGAAGAACAAAAAACUUGAGUCAUUUCACUUUUGAACAAAUUCUGCAGAUGAAAUAGACUGCUAAUGUUGCAGGUUAUGACAUAAUACAGGUUGUGGUCAAGGGGCAUUGCUCGUCAAUCUGUUCGAGCUGCUCUCAGAAAUGACAUUUCAAUCACAUAUUCAUAUAGUUCCAGGUUAAAAAUUUAACAAAGAACUGUCCUCAAAACAUUGAUGGGAGAGUUUGAAUUUGUUUAAUUUAUUUUGAAGGAGUCAAAGAAAGGGGUGGGGCCACACUGUGAUGUCAUUUAUCAAAACAAAAUUAAGAAAAAAGACAAAAGAAAUAAAAGAAACAUCAAAUAGCACCAACAGUAAUUCCAGGCUAAAUAAAUACUCUGAUGACAUUUACAGUAAAAAUAUAAAACGGUGGAGUUCAAACUUAUUUACAAAUUACAGAGAGAAAAAAAGGACCAGAAGCAGAACCUGUACCAGGUCCAAAACUGGACUCAAAGUAGAUGGAAAGUAACACAAAAUCUCCACCUUCUCUUGACACCAUAUUUUCCUGUAAAGUGACAAGAAAUGUUCUAAAUGAAAAAACAGCAUUUAAGCAGUUAAUGCAGUUGAUUUUUUGUUGAACCUGCAGCCGCAGUUCUGAAGUUUGUACCGAUAUGAAAUGUCCAGACAGAGUGAUAUUCAGGCCAACUUUAUUCAUAACAUAAGGACGACAGAUUAAACUGAAUCAGUUAAUCAACAAUUAGGAAGAUAAAACACAAUGUCUGGAUCUGAGGCAGUCCUCAUUAAGUCCUGGUCCUGGUUCUGGAUACGUGCUUUGAGUAACAGGACAGAAUGUUACCUCUUGUCUGUGUUGAAAGAACCUAAAGUUGAAUCCUGACUUUGCUCAAGUGUGACUGUGACUCUCUGUUUUACACUGAAGCUUUUAACAUUGAUAAAGAACAUUAACUCAGGCGAGCAGAAGGGGGCGCUCUAAACACGCCAAAGAAAACUGGAACAAAAAACAUGUUUCAAGGUUUAAUGUCAAAUAUAUUCACAGCUUCUCACACGAUUCUGCCCCUCCUUAAGUGUCCGACCAAUCACACAGUCGCUGCCUCUCAGCUGACCAAUCAGAAUGCGUUUUCAGCCGUCCUUUCAGAACCAUACUCAGUGCAGUUCUGGUUGGGCAAUGGGCUCGGCAGAAGGCGGGGUUUCUGUCCACUUAGGUGCUUUGUAUUGUUGGUCAGGUGAGGUGAAAAAGACACAAUGAUGCUGCUAGCCAAUCAGAUUAUUACAUCAGUGCUAAUUUAACAUUAUGAUUUUACUGUUCAAUUUACUGUUAAAACUGCUGUAUCAAAUGUUAUUUGAUUAAUUCAUAUUAACGUUAUGAUUUGGAGCUAGACAUUAAGAAUUAAAAACAUUAACCUGAAAAUAAAGGAAAUUGUAAGUUUCCUCUUCUGAUAAAUUCAGCAAAUGUCACAUCAGGACUGGUUCAAACUAAGGUUCAAUGAUCUCUGGGAUGAAUAUUGAUGAGAAAACAAGAUGAAAUAACUGAGUAAAGAAUGGAAUUAGCUUUUUCAAAAGAUGGCAGCUCAGUUCUGUACUUUAUAUUUGGACAAAUAUUUAAAAAAAAACGACUAUUUUUUUUACAAUUUUAACAAAUGUGUUCAUGGUGUGAAUUAAAGCCAUUUUCACAAGGAAAAUAUAAAAAAUUAUGGCAUGUCAGCGUGUUACCAAAUGGCAUCCUGUGGUGUUGAAAAGCAGGUCCUUUACUGCUCACAAGAGGCUGUCUUUGAGUGAAUCAGUCCCCACAAAGUCUCAUGUUAAAGAGUCACACUUUACAGCCAGGUACAAAAAAAUGUUUAGGACACUUUUCACGAAAAAAUACUGGACACUGUUAAUACUGGACAUGCAACUAGCUGUAGAGUGCUAGUCCAUCUGUCUCCACUGAGUCUCAUUUUCACUGUAUGUAAUUCACACUAACAUCAGCUGAAAUCUGUCUGACAGCAGCACUUUGAGGCCAAAAAUCAACAGAUUUGACUGAUUUAAUGACAAACAGGCUGAAAGGACGCUGAAAAACUACACCAGGAUACUUAUUUAAAAAAGGUUCCAACGCAUGGUUCAUCAGGUCUCUCUGCAAGCCAGAAUUCAAAUUCUUGUUUGAAUUUUUCUUGACUGUUAGGUACUAACUCUGCGCCCUAUUGUUUCUUAGCAAAUUCAUGUUUUUUCCACUGCCGGUGCAGAGUAGUUUGACUGACAGAGUUGCAGUCAUACUAAAAAGCUGGUAUAACGGUUGGUCAGUGCUUGUCCUGCACCAGCAAACUCACAGCAGCAUGAUCCUCACAGAAACAGAGUCAAAAACCUAUAUGGUGUUCCGCAGGGUUCUAUCAUGGGUCCCCUGGAAUUUCAGGUUAUUCACCACUGUAUAACAAACAAGGUGAUUCCCAACAGACCACCAGCAUUCUCUGUGGUUGAACAUCUCAGCCAACAGGGGGAUAAUCCACAGACAACAAUCAGAGGCAAGAAAACAAGAAAACUUGAUGUUUACUUCCUCAGUACGGGUGUGAGGCGACAGUUUCCAUCUGCAGUUUCAGAUGCUGGUCGAAAGACAUUUUUAAGUUCAUGUUUCAUGCAGAGCCCCUUUCAUCAUAAGAUAAAUCAUGACACCAGUUUGACAGACAAAGAUAAAAACUAUCAUUCCCAGUUUGAACUGUGACGUAUGCUGAAAACAGAAAAUAAAACUUUUGCUACUCUGAGGCUCUCCUGGUGAUCUGAACAUGAAUAAUUGGUAGAUUGAUCUGUGAAUUGAUUGGUCAGCUGGUUGAUUGAUUGAACGGCAGCAUCAUCGUGAUAGGACUCUCUCUCCUCACAGACAAACAUUUUUUGUUCCGUCUGUCCUCUCAGACUCUGCAGGAGGACGUGUUUCUGCUCAUUCUCACUCCCUCAUGCAGACAUUGCACCUCCCGAUGCUCUCCCUCUGCUGCCAGCCCUCGGUCAGUGUGGUGGGGGAGCUAUUGGAGGUGGAGGUGGUCGUCUCCACCCGGGUCAGCCAGAAGCUAUAGAUAUUGGCGAAGUAGUGGCAGGUUCCCCGGGGGCCCUGACACUCCACAAAGGGCUGGGCCCUGAAGUCUGUUAGACAGCUACCCGAUGAUGUCAGAGACUGACCACCACCCUCGUCACCUGCGCCUGUAUGCUGCAACACACACAGGAAGUGGCAUCAUUAGUCCGACUAAGUCCAGUCCAGGUUUAAGUACGAGAAAGGAGCAGCUCUUUAAGUUGUACCUGCAAAAUUUUACCUGGUAUCAGUGGUACUUAAAGGUCCUGAUCUACUAAGAUCCCAAAUAACAAAUGCUAAAUUGCCUGCAAACUAAAAAAUUGCAUGUGCUAUUUAUGAGUGUUGUGGGUGAUGUACUAUAUUUGUGUGCACAGUUAAUGACAGGUGCAAAAGUGGUGCGGACUGCUCUCUUUAAACAAGGAUUUGCGUGCACUACAGGCUGUCAACAUGGAGAGUUUGUGAGAGCGGAGUAGUUGUGGAUGAAAAAGGACGUUUGAAGCCAUGGAGUUGCACAUAUCAUUUUUGGGAAGCCAGCAACUACAUAAAAAGCAAGGCAGGCUUAUCUGGAUGGCACCAUUCAUACACAAGACAAUUCAAAGUGCUUUACAGAUGCAAGGACAUAUACUAGAAAUGAAAUGAAAAAAGAUUAAACAAUUUAAAAUCAAUAAGACAAACAGGGGAUGGGGGGGGGGAGGGGGGGGGUUAUGACCUAUACUGCAGCCUGUCACCAGGGUGCUGUUCUUGGAAGAGUUUACCCAGCGAGGAGGCAGAUGGCGUCCAUUUUAUAUACAGUCUAUGGAUGGUGGGCUGGAAUAAUCUAGACGCAGGAAAAUGCAGUGUCAUCGUCUAUCAUUGCACAUUUGUCUUCUUCCUCCCACAAUGACCGUGCGUAACGCUGUUCCAGUUUGUAUGCCUCUCCAAUGUGCUAAAUAUGGAUGCAAAAACAGCGACCGCAAUCACAUUGUGGAAACUGAAUGAUCCCAUCUGCAUCUACUUCUCCUGGUAUUUUGUGUGUUCUGAUAAUCUGCAUACAUUCUGCAUAUUCAUGAAGGCAAACAUGCUAAAUGGAUUGCCCAUGCUGUUUUGCUCACUUGACAGAUGCAAUCCUCGGUGCACCUGGUUAGUAGAUCAGCUUUGCGCACACUAUCAAGUUUGCAUGUGUUUUUAUACACGCAAACCGUUUGUAGAUCAGGUCCACAGUGUAUUUAGGCAAAAAUAUAUUUUUAAAGGAUAAUUCUACCAUUUUUAAAACCAGGGUUUUUGUUUUUCUUGUGUCCAAGUUAAUACAGCUAUAAAAGCAAAGUACAGAAACAGCAAAAAAGCUAUUGCAAUUGCAGCACCAACAGUCCUUUGAAUUCAGAUUUUUCAACGGUCACGAACCAGCGAAUAAAGUAAUAGUCCACUUAAUUUGCGCCAUUUAUGUGAUUCGCAUAAUCUAAUCGCAUUGUUACACUGACUUUUCAUGUAAUUCACUUGUGUGAAUGACUUUAUUCGUGUUUGAUGUGAAUGCACCAUAAAACUGCACUUCAUUAGAUUAACCUCCUACGUUGUAGUACCCACCAUAAGGAAGGAGUAUCCUGUCCACAGGCUCCUCCAGUAGGGGGGGCAGUCCGGCUGGUCAGAGGUCUGGCUGUGCAGUGCAACAGGUGAGGAGGGGGCCUCACAAACCACACAGCGGCUGAUGUGAUCCUCAAUGGAGGUUCCGCCCACUGGAAUACUGGGGACUGCUGCUGUUGUGGACAGCCAAUACGAUUUGUCGUUUCGGCUGGCGUAGGAACAGCUCCCCAUAUUACAGGAAGAGAAUGGCAUGGUGGAGAACACAGGCAUACAUGAGCCCGCCUGACCUGGAGGAAACAUCAAAACAAACAGAUUUAGUCUGAAUGUUGAAUGUGAUUUUUCCCUCUGGGCCCCGUGCAGUUUAGGGAGGAUGUUUGAGCUCAAUUAAAAAAAUAGGCUGCUAAUAAAAGAAUGGUUUUCAUUUUAGAUUAAAAAAAACAAAACAUCACCCUUAAACUGAUAUUUAAUAUACAGUGGCCAAAAAGAUCAGCUGCACAAACAUUUCAUCAUGGCAGAAGUAUCAAUUAAAAACAAAAAUAUGCAAAAAUAUUUCUCGAAACUCACAAAAAAUUAAGCUAUCAUGUUUCAUGACUCACAAAACAUUUCAUAAAACAUAAAACUAUUCAAGAGAACCUUUUUUGUCUGCAUUACAUUUCAUUAAAUAUUUUGCCUAAUUUUUACCUCGAAAGAUGAUGAAAGAUUUGUGUGUCAUAAGAAGUUUGCAUUGCUGACCUUCAGGGCCACAGUAUAAAUGGGUGGUAUUUAAGUGUAUACAGAAAUGAAAAGAACAAACAGAGCUAACAUGUGUGGACAGUAUUUGCAUCAAUAGAAAACAUUCUUAGUGAUAGCUGUAGUAAUGCAAAACCAUCAGCAUGUGACCCUGGAGUUUGUUUCCUGAGUCUGCAUGAAGCUGACGAACUGUGAAAGUAUCUGCUCCCUGGAAACACUGUCUCACCCUGAUUGCAACUGCUGGGUCAUCCUGCUGCAAACAUCUCAACCAAAACAGUAAUUCAGUCGCAACCUCAUCGAAGAGAAUUGAUUAUUUACAUGCACUGAGUUAUACUUGGUGGUAUGGCUCUAUUCUGGGAGCUUAUAUAUAGUAUCAAGCCCUGAGGCAGGUAGAACACACUACUCUGAGUUUUAUGCACAUACAUAAAAAGCCCAGGCAGGGAGAGCAUCAGCAAAACCCCAGGGGUACACAACAGAGCAGCAUCAGUGUCAAACCACAAGCCUCUGGUAAAAUCACACUCAGCAUUAAAAGGAGAACCUGGGCUGGAGACAGAUUGAAAAGCUGUUUGCAGUAGGAACAGGUGGAGUAUGCAGGCUGAAGGUGUUAAGAUAAAACUACUUUGACAUGUACAAUUAGAUGUUUCAAAGGUAACCAGCUGGGCUGUCAGCUGAUAUGGGCUGGUGGGAAGAUCCGCUGAUGUGCUUUGGACUGGCCUUGACCUUUGUGGCCUGCCUGAACUAACACUAUUCAAUAUUCACUUUCUAGGUAGACUAAAUGACCUCCAAGAUACCUGCUGUGAUAAGAUACAGGAUGUGAGGACACCUGAUCCCAUUUAAACCAAACUGUGUGACAGUUAAACAGGCAAAUGGUUUGGAAACUUAAGUGUAUUUGUGGGUGAGUACCCAGGUCCUGAGUGUGGGCCUUCUCCUGACCCUCCAGAUACAGCAGACUGUAGCCCACCCACAGCACCCUCAUGCUCAGAGGACACGCAGGGAUCGUCGUUGAUUGGCUGUGCAUCACUAGCAGGAAGCCUGAGUUCAGCUUUCUGUUCGGUCCAGGCUGACCCGGAUCACCUACCGGACCAGGAUCACCUGGGACACAAAGACCACAAAUUGUUUGAUUAGACAACAAAGAGGAUACACAAAAAACACUAAAUUCAGUUCGACCCUGGAUCAGUAAUGUCCAAGGAUCACAGAAAUAAAAACUGAGAAUUGAAAACAGACAGACAAAAAAGGGGGAGUGUCCACCUUUGUCUCCUAUUACUCCACUCUCCCCAGGCAGGCCUGGUCCUCCUCGGUCUCCCUCUGAACCUGGGGGUCCUACUUGGCCAAUCAGUCCCACAGGCCCAAAGUCCCCCUUUUUACCUGGAACACAUCAGAGCUGUCUUACGCUUGAGUAGCAGAGAGUGUAACUGAUCAUUCUUACCAGACAAGACAUAGCCUGAGCUGGACCUGGUUUGAUUCUCCUGGAUUGACUUAGCUCCUCUUAUCAAAGUGGAGACACCUGACAGGUACUUGUCCACUCCUCUUUUCUUACCUUUGAGUCCCUGUGGGCCAAUUUCUCCCUGGAUGCCAGGAUCUCCAGGUGGACCGAGGGGGCCAGGAGGUCCUGAGGGUCCUGGUGGGGCUGGAGGGAGUGUAGGGCAAGCGGAGACUCGUCCUUUUUCCCCUUUGGGGCCCACAGGUCCAAAAAAUCCUUUUGGUCCAGGAGGCCCAUUAGGACCAGCACAACCUUGAGGACCCUGAUUACCAGGCAGUCCCAUCAGACCUGGCGACCCUCGUAUACCUGUUCAUAUACAGGCAGACACUUGUUUGCUUAUCUAUGAAAAGGACAUUUGCGCUUCUUCAGAUCAUUCCAUUAUUAUCUACGUAUAGCAGUGAUCAUGCAGGUGCCACCCACACCACAUUCACCCAUUCACACCCUUUUCACACACAGAUGGCUGGGACUGGUAAGGCACGGCCCAUUGGCUAAUCUCAUUUAAACAUUCACACACUGACUGUCACACUUUGAGGCUCUGUGUCUUGCUCAAGGACACUGCAAUAAGUGACUGCGGCGGCUUGGAUCCAACCCCCUGAGCCACACAUGCCCCACAUUUGUACCUGAUGUCUCCGGUGUUGCAGGAUCUUUGUGUGCGCUCCACAGUUUAAAUAGCCUCAGAGACAGAGGAAAACUGACCUUUCACUCCAGGACUUCCAGGGCUGCCAGGAAAUCCCUCAGGCCCUAAAGGUCCCUGUGGACCCUGAGGACCCCUGCAUCCUGUGUCCCCAUUGUCUCCAUCAUCCCCAGGCACUGGAGGGUUUGGACCUGGAUCUCCCAUUUCACCAGGGGCCCCUGAAACAUCAAACAAAUGUCAGAGGUCAUCAAGAGAGGUUUAUCUGGAAAAAUUCCUCCACCAUACAGCCAAAGUCUGACCUGGGUCACCGUCAGGUCCGGCACAUCCAGAAUCUCCACGGGGCCCGGGGACUGGACCUUUACAGUCUGGCCCAGGUUUCCCUGGAGGUCCCAGACCACCUGGGGGUCCUACAAUAAUGCAAAGAGACACCUCAUUGACAGGAGCCAUAGAAAGUCUUGCUUUCAGAUGGAUUAGAGGGUAAACACACAGACCCUGAUGGGACCGACAUUACAACAGACCUUUGGAUCCUGGUAGACCUUUGGGUCCUUGAGGGCCAGGCUGGGAUGUGCCAAAUGGUCCUGGAGGUCCUGGAGGACCUUUAUCCCCUGGCAGUCCUGUAGCACCUGGAGGACCUUGGACACCUAAACCUGAAGAGAGAAACAGAUGCACUUAGUGAAGCUAAAGCUUAACAUUUCAAAUGUUUCAAGAUUUCAAAAACUAAUAAAAAAUCAAAACUGAAGGGUCAGGGGCUCUAAAGUUCAGCCAAGUUCAGCCAUGCUACAUCUGAUGGAAAGCCUCCUCUGUAUGGCCCCGAUCUGACAGACCAUGCAGACUACAGUCUAUGAGCACACAAGCCCCCCCCCUAAGGUUAAUAAGUCCGGGGAGUUAUACCUCUGGUCCCCAUGUCCCCCUUCACUCCUUUUAGUCCGUCCAGACCAUGAAGUCCCAGAGGUCCAGGAGGACCUGAUUCAACAAAAUCAUUCAUGAAUACAAAAAAAAUGUACCAGUAAAACAGUAUUUUCCGAAGACACAAGGUCAGUGUGCACAUGCCAACACAAUAUGAUCAAAACUGGGACAAGGCUUAUUAUCUGGACACUUCAGUCCCUCUAAACAGUAUUGUCUCAUGAAACAAUGAGAAAAACUACAGUAACUUCUGACCUUGGAGUCCCUGGCAACCCUGUGGUCCUGCAGGACCAUCAGCCCCUGCUUUACCAGGAAGACCUGUCAAACCUGGGCGCCCUCUGGGACCUGGGGGUCCAAUCACACCUGAAAUAAACCAGACAGCAGACAAACAGGAUCAUGGUCUAUUCCAUUUGAGGGUCCAAAUUCGGUCCUGCUGGAUGUGACAGGUGAUUAAGAAAACACUAAAAUAAAAUUUAGCCAGUUCAGUCAACAGCAUCUCCUCUGCAUUACAGCCUGUGCAGUAGCCCCAAAAACUGCAGUACCUCUUGUGUCCACUAGAGGCUGUCCCAGAAAACCAAGGAACCCAAUACAAGCACAUUUUCAAAUGUCUAUUUUCAUAGAGGACUGAGCCUGGUACAAAAACCGAUUUGGUCUCCUUUCCCUAUGAUAAGGGGUGAAUUUUAUCCAGACUCCCAUCUCUUGAUUUUAAUAAGACCAUUUUUUUGUUAGGUGUUUUUUUUUUUUUUUUUUAACUUUCUGCAGGUGUUGUUGUUGCUUAAUUCACGCGAAUGACUUGCUUAAUUUGAAUAUUUGUAUCUCUUCUGCAGAGCACCCAAACACCCAUGUGAUUACAGAGAAGAGUGGUUCUUACAUGUCAGGUCAGUCUGUUUACAUCAAACAUAGCAGAGGUUGAUUCCACUGCAAGGAUCUGCAUUAUUUUAGUAGUUUUGAGCCGGUGUCCUUACCCUUUUUAUCUGAUAUUUUAGUCCACAUGAAACCAGCUACGUGCAGUCUUGAUUUUAUCCCCACUAGAUUUCUCAAAGAGGUUGUUAACCUGGUUGGGCCCAGCAUUUUAUCCAUUAUUAAUAGCUGUCUGGUAGAGGGAGUAUUUCCCUCUGCUUUUAAACACGCUGUGGUCCAACCCCUUUAAAAGAAACUGAACCUUGACCCCUCUGAUUUCAACAAUUUCAGACCGAUUUCAAAAUUUCAAUUUUCAUCCAAACUUUUAGAGAAGGUGGUUUCUAAACAGCUUUUAUGAUUUUUGUCUGAAAACAACAUCUUUGAGAUUUUUCAGUCUAAUUUUAGAGCAGGUCACAGCACUGGGACUGCCCUCCUCUGUGUGACCAAUGACCUUCUUUUAGCAGCAGAUAGAGGGGAGGGCUCAAUUUUAUUUCUUUUAGAUCUCAGUGCAGCUUUUGAUACAGUUGAUCAUGCUACUUUAAUUGAACAUCUUAAAAACUGGAGGGGUAUCAGGGGCAAUGCACUUGGCUGGUUUCAGUCGUAUCUUUUAGAACAAACCUUUGCGGUCACCAUAGGCAAUCACACCUCCUCUACUUCUACUUCCUUUGAGACUUGAGGACCCAAAAGGCCGAGCUGCUGUCAUGGACUGUCUUAGUGAUAUUAAAGGACAUCAAUGGCAGAAAAUUUCCUUCAACUAAGUUAUUGAAAAUCUGAAAUAAUUCUCUGUAAUAUACAAAAUCCCCCCUCUCAUACAGUCUUGUCUCAGUAAUCAUCAAACCAACAGCCAGAAAUCUUAAAGUAACUUUUGACUCUGACCUCACCUUCUCCACCCAUAGCAAUAAAAUUAUCCAGUCCUGUUUCUUUCAACUGCAUACAAUUUUAAAAAAUUAAACAAAUACUCACCCCACCAAAUCUUGAAAGGAUAAUCCACGCUUUCAUUUUCUCAAGGCUGGACUACUGUAACUCUCUCCUCCCAGGUCUAAAUAACAAAUCACUCUCCCACCUCCAACUAGUUCAGAAUGCAGCAGCUAGGCCUUUAACUGCUUUUCCUGUCAAUUUUGGAAUUGAUUUUAAGAUUUUAUUAAUUACUUUUAAAGCACUCAAGGGACUUGCUCUAAGCUACAUCUCAGAGCUUUAAAUGCCUUAUGAGCCAGCUCGCAGCCUCAAAUCCUCUGGCAAAGGCCUCCUCGUCGUUCCAAAGUCGAGGCUCAAAACUAAAGGUGAUAGAGCUUUCUCUAUCAGAGCUCCUCGACUUUGGAUGACCUGCCAGAGAAGAUAAGGUGUGGAGAGUUAGUCCCUUAUUUUAAGUCAAUCUUAAAAACUCACUUUUACAGACUUGCCUUUAUGUGAUGCCAUCCUUUAUCUUUUUCUCUUAUUUUGGUUUUACUGUCUAUUUUAGCUUUUGUUACACUUUUAAUCUUUUAUUAAGUAACCUUUUAUGCUUUUGAUGUUUUAUUUAUCUAUCUCUUGCUCAUUUGUGUUAUUCAAUCUUAUCAUAACUAUAUCAUCAUUACUGUUUUAUUUUUAUGUUAUUAUCAUUAUUAACAAGUCUUUUUAUAUUUUCUAUCCUGUUUUCUGCCUUCAACUCCCUUUUUUAAUUGAAUUUUCUUUUUCCUACGUAUGUCUUCAUCUUUUAUUUCGGUCCUUAUGGUCUCAUUUUAUGUUGCAUGGUUCUUGUACCAUCUGGGUUUCUUAUGAGAUAUGAAAAUGGUCUUCAACUUCUGAGGCAUUUGAUCUUCUUGUUUUUAGUUUUGUGCUGAAGCUCUUGUGCUCCUUCACUUUCGGUCAAAGUACUUUGUAUACAUCUGUUUUCAAAAGUGCUUUACAAAUAAAUGUAUUAUUAUUGUUCUCAUUAUAUUAUGUUAGAUGUAACUGACACUAUAUCUUUACAGCCCAUGAGUGCAAUCAACUUCUUUACCUUGUGGACCUGGGUCACCCUGAUCACCUGGAUCUCCUUUGCAUCCUUUCUGUCCUGGACCCCCAAUAAAACCUGGUGCACCAGUGUCUCCUCGAGGUCCUGGUGGUCCUGACAGAUGAAUAAAACCAACAGAUUCAAGUGUUAUUCUAUUGGUUGUAUCUUCAGCUUCAAUCGGCUGAUAACAUUCAUUUUGUUU